AUGCAAGCGCGGCGCCUGGCCAAGCGCUCCAGCCUGGGGAGCCGGCGCCUCAGCGCCUCGCCGUCGGCCGCGCAGCCGUUGCCCAAGCUCGACAACUCGUGGAGGCCGCCCCGGCGGGAGGGCUUGGCGGCCGCCCUCGAGGAGGAGGACGAAGAGGAAGACGUGGUGGUCGACGUGGAGGAGGACGACGACGCCGACGAGGCGGAGGCGGGCGGCGGAGGAGCGGGAGGCAGCGGCAGCCCGCCGCCGGUGGAGCACGCCGGGCCGGGCAAGGGCCACGCGGCCGCCCGGGGGAGCCUCAAGGUGCGUCGGCGUCGCUGGGCGGGAAAAGCGCCGUCGAAGCCGCCGCUGCUCUAGUCUCCGGGCUGCGUUCCGGAGGGGCUUCAUAGGGCGACCUCUUGGAAGUUGCGCGGGAGGCGGGCCUCGCUUGCGCCCCCACUUGCUUGCAACCCCGAAUUCCAGCCCCGGGUAGGAAGAGAAUGGGCGGUUAAGAAAGGGGAAGAGGGCAUCGGGGCAUACGCAGAGUGCCUUCCCAGCACGAGGCUGGAGGGACGGGGCACCGACUCCAUUGCAAGGCAGGCUUGCACAUCUGACUGCCCUGCCAAGCUGGACGGGAGAACCGCCGCAUACCAUCCCCGCUGCAUAACUGUCCCCCACCGAGCCACCCACCUACCCGCGUUGAUUGCGAGGGAAAUCUAGCUGUCUGCAGGGAAGGGGUUGGUUGGGUGCAUGUAAUGUGUGACAAAGGCAUCAGGUGUGCAUCUACCGUUCUGGGUGGGGAGGUAGAGUGCAUUUUAAAAAACCAAAACAUUGUGGAUUUAAACAAAGAAAAUGUAGCAUAAUCUACGGUUUUGUAAGGGCCCUUUGGGAUUGGUGUUACCCAUCUCAGACAGUUAGCUCAUAGUGUAAAUAAAGAUGGCUGUUGUUUACAUUUUUUUAAUAAAAGCAUCAACAGCGAUCCUUUUGCACGGUCUGUUGUGCUGUGUUGCAGAACUUUUUGCUGUUGCAGGAUUAGGGGUGGUGUGCUGUGCUAGAAUGAAUAACAUGAAACGAAGUGCCCUCUGACAGUAGAGGGCAAUGCUGGAAUGACCACUGAUAAUAGGGAUCAGCGUCGUUGGGUUCUAGGGUGUGCGUGUAGGCUUUGAAAUGCAUGCAUCUGUACCACGCUGCUGCAAAAGAAUGGAGCCGGCUUAGCAGCAACAGUGAAACGGGAGAUAAUGGUAAAACAUAAUGAGGCAGUGAAGAGAGCCAUGGGGAUAUUAAGUGUUUGGGGGGUGGGUGAAUGGGCAGGUAUAUUGGGAAAGUAGUUGGAGCAAUUAAGGCUGCAUCCCUGUACACACUUUCUUGGGAGUAACCCCCCUGAAUUCUGAGUAGAUGAGCAUAAGGACUGCACUGCAAAGCACGAUCUUUGCACUGUGUGUGACCAGAGUCCCCUGUGACCAGUGAAGAAAUGGUUCUAAAAUUUCUGAAACAAGCAUGUGUGACUCUACUACAGGAUGCUUCUUAGGUGAUCUUCAGGUUUGCGGUGGGAUUUAGGGAAGGCAGGCAGUUUGUACGAUUUUGGAUCUUUAAGGUCAACUUUUAUUUUGUUGUUAUGCAUUUAUUUUAUCUUCAAUGCAUUCAUAUACAAGUUUCAAAAAACAACAACUCCAUCCAUAUAUAUAUAUAUAUAUUACAAAGAAUGCUCAUAAUGCAGGGUCAUGGCAUUUCAUAAUUUAUAUUUUUCUAUUGCCCAUCAAUUUUAAAAAAAAUAUGCAAGGUGCAUUGUAUACAAAGAAACUUAGUAACAGAGGUGACAGAGAAACAAUUAAAACAGAAAAACAUGAAAAUGCAUCAAGCUCUAAAGAGCCAGAGGGAAGCUAACAAUCAGAGCAAAAAUCAGGCAAAAGGUUUUUGGGAAAACAAAGGAUAAAAGUUGACUAAAGGAGGUACUUUUUGAGGAACCAUAAAUUGGGGUGCCACCACUAAGAAGUCCUCCCUGGUACCCCCGCUUCCUCUCUUGUGCCCAGAAGAUGAAUAGGAAAUCAGUCCAGGUGGUCUGUCACUGUUUUAUUUCUUAUACUUCUACUCUGCUUGCCCACGUAGAGGUUUACAUAAAUUUUUCUAUGCUUCAUAAGCUCCUUAGCAUUGUCACUGUUGUAGAACUAGGCCCGUGUUCUGGUAAAGCUAAAACUUCUGAAUGGUUCUAUGUGGGGCUAUCCUAUAUGACAUUUCGCAGUUGUCUAGAUUACAAAGGUACCUGAUAGAUUCCCUGAGUUAACAGAGAGAUAUGUAACCCUGUGAAGUCUAUGCUGUAAAUGUAUUCUCUGCUGCCCAGUGAAAUACAGUAUGAAGUGUAUGCAAGGCUUAUUAUUAAUCAUUAUCCGUAUUUACCAUGUCCAAUUUUACAUAACCACACCACAGCCAAUUGUGAUUUGCCUGAGAAAGCGUGAAGAAAUGUUGCAUUGCCCAACAGGUUGACAGGAGGAUGUAUCUUUCUGAUGUCUUAUCAUCUCCCUUAAAAUUGUAUUCGGCCACUUCCAAACUGUUGCUGUUUUGCAGGUAGGAUUAAGUCUCGUACUAUGAAAUGCAGAUGGCACUAUUUAAAUGGAUUUGGCACUCUGGUACAACAAACCCACGUAAACAAUUUUUUUGGACUUUUGCGGUAAGGAAAGUGAUGGGGAAAUGCACUGGAAAGUGUGGAAAUUGCUUGGCAUGAUGUUGUAUAAGCUCACUGCAAACAAAUUGGGAUGAAUGCUCUGAUAAACAGGUCUUGUAAAAUGACCUUGGCUUGGCUUUUUCCUUCUGCAGUCUUACCACCACCACUAAUGCAAGCCAUGAUCAAGGAUAUGUUUGUGUCUCAGGUGUCUCUCUUUCUUAAUUAUGGUUGACAUGGAAAACUGAGAUUUUCAACACUUGUGUUUUGGCUCCUUAAUUGGUAGAUGUACCAGUGAUGGAACCAGUGGCUGCAGUGGUGUGAAUGUUUGUAGGCAAUGGAAUAAUAAGUGUUGAUUGAAGACCUACAGUUUAAACCUAUUCAAAAGUAUAUAUAUUUGUCAUUUUUCAUGUUCCCUGUCGAAAUAUGGCGGCCUGAGAACUGUGCUGCAUGCUUGGAAAUGUUUUUGGCUGUGCAGUGAAGGACACAUGCUAGUUUAACCCAAUAUCUGCUAGAGAAGAGAGCAUGAUAGGGUAAAGUAGAAAUGGGAACCUGUGGCCUUUUGAUGUUGUUAGACAGCAUGAACCAUGCGAUUAAUAGUAAAGAAAUUUAGCUGCUGAGCCAAAUUCAAGGUGCCCUAAACAACUUGGGAUCUGGUUACCUGUAGGAAUAUCUUUUCUCAUAUAGACCCGCCUGUGUGUUAAGAUCUUUAAGGGAGACCCUCUUGCCUGUGCUGCAAGCAGCCAUAUUGUAGGUGCUGGCUCCUGGGGUGUCUGGGCACCCAUAAAACUCCAUUGUGGGGGCUGGGCACCCACAAAUUUCAGUACCAAGGCCAUGCACAAUGCAUGGCACCCAAGGCCCUGGGCACCCACAGUCUCAGGGUCAAGCUGGCACUCCUUCAGGCAGCUGAAAUAAAGCAUGUGCCAAUACAGUGCUACCUUGGUUUGCAUACAUCUUGGUUUGCAUACGUUUUGGAUUACAAACAUGUCAAACCUGGAAGUGCAUGUCCCAGUUUGCAACCUAUUAUUAUUAUUAUUAUUAUUACAACCCAUUUCUUUUUAUUAUGAACAAUUUUUUGGGGGGAGGCCCCAUUGGCGAAAGCACGCCUUAUUUACACCCUGUUUUGAUUUACAAACGGACCUCCGGAACAGAUUAUGGUUGUAAACCAAGGUACCACUGUAUAGAGGAAGGGCCUUCAGUGGUGGUGCCUUGACUGUGGAACUCACUCACCCCUGAGGUACAGCUGACACUGACUCUUCUGAGUUCCCUCUUCAGCUGAACACUCAUUUGUUCACUCAGGCUUUCACAGAACAUUAGUCCCUGAUCUUGAUGGCUUAAUAUUGUAUCAUGUUUCCUCCUGGUGAUUAAGUUGUAGCAAUUUUAGUGCUAUGCUUUUUGUUACGUUGUUGCCUUGGUUUUAAUGUACUAUACUGUUGGAUUCUUUGGAAAUGAAAAGUAGAUAGUAAAUAUUUUAAAUAAAUAAGUAACAGCCACUAUAGUUAGUUCAAACAAUUCAGCUUCAUAAUUGGUGGUUUGAAAUUGGAAUGUUUUGAAAAUGACUACAGCUAGCAUUCAAACACAAUUUCUAGUUUGGAUAAAACAAAACAACUAAAAGGGGGAGGGAGCAUUCCAAACACCUUUAGGAAAAGAAUUAGGGAGGUUGCAAACUCAGGAGAACGCGUCUUUCAUGAAAUGCUAAAUCAUGGAGUAGCAUUGCACCUGAAUGUAGCCCCAUAUCUAAAACUGUAUAAUGCUUACUUAACAACAUUGCUAAAGGUGUGGAAUGGACAAGUUGAAACCACGUUGUGUACUGACUACUCAGGCUUUUCUCAAAGAUCCAACUGUGUUGAUGGUUAAUGUGAUAUGUUUUUAUAACGGUGAUGGAGGCUGACAAACACUUGACACAUGAUAGUUGGCUUGUAAUGCAAAGAGUUAUAACCUGUUGCUGAUGCCAGAAAUAAACUCAGCUUGGUUAAGACAAGAAACAUCAAAGACGUUUGCUGUGUAUGACAAGAACACUUCUGUUCAGAAACAUGCAGCAUAAGGGGAAGUAUUAUGGUAUAUUUCUUUUAUAUGGGGGAAGGAAGCUGUUGAGGAGUACAGUUUUGCAUUGUUAACAUUUGGGCCUGAAAAAUGCUUACACUGAGAAUUUUAAAACCUGACUUUUUAUCAUCAGGUGAUAUGCAUUGAUAUAAUGUAAAUAAUAAUAAUCUGCUGGUAAAACCAAGAAUGAUGUACAGUACUAUGACUAAUACUGGAAGUAGUUGUACUAUAAACACAUUGGUCUGAGGGUUAAAAAGUAACUGUGUUAUGAAGCCAAAAGCUGCACCAUCAGUUAAUGUUACACAUUUUUGAAACUCUGGCCAAAACUAUGGAGAAACUUUUAAAAAAGACUAUUCCUGGCAAUGUCCCAGUUUGGAUACUGUACUUCUCUUCUGAUAUGCUGGGUCAUAAUUUGAAGGACUGGGAGCAUGUUACAAAUCUGUGGUCUCCCUGCUCUCCUCUCAUGCACCCAAUCUCUCACUUAGGCAUUGUAUGCUUUGAUAAAGCAAAUCAUAGGUAGUGCUGACAUACUGUACAAACAAUGGUCUGCAAACCUACUCCAAGCCAUGGUUUUGAAGAUUUAGUAGUAAAAAGAGUUUCCAGUUAUACAACAAACUACAGCUGGGGGAGGGGAAUCUGAGGCUGGAGGAGAGAAUGGACAUGCAAGUGAAGGGAGUUGUGCGGAAAAAAUGUAAAGGGCAAUGGCAUGUUCCUGCUUCUUAAAAUUAUGGUUUGAAAAAUUACCUGAAUUGAGCCAUUGCUUCUUUUCUUUUCUUUUCUUAAAGAAAAGCAUGGAGCAGAGAGGAGCUGCUGUGUUGGUCCUAUCAAAUGAAAAGUACACAAAUUUACAUAAAUAUGCCAGCUUCAAUCGGCAAAAAGAAUAUGCAGUUACUGGGACUAACAGCCAUAUGUGUUGUUAAUAUAAAAAUGUAUAUCCUUCCCUUCUGGUGACUAUGCACCAUUCUGUGGUAGCCAAUGACGUGCCAUCCAGAUGUUUUGAAUGACAACUCCCAUCCUAUUCCAGCAUGAUUCAGGAAUAAUAGAAGCUGUAGUCCAAACACCUGGGAGCACCAUGUUGGCCAGCCCUGCUGUAUAUGCACAGAAGUGCCAAAAAGGUGCACCAGUCUGUUCCAUUUAUUCUUUCACUGUUUGUUUGUUUGUUUGUUUGUUUGUUUGUUUGUUUGUUUUUGCAUGUGUAAACUAUCUUUUUGCUUCUUGUAACUUUAAAUAUGGUACACUGUUUGGGCAGCAGAAGAUUAGUAUCCCGUCAUGUUGUAUUUCAUGCAAUAUGGAAGGGAGGGAGAAUAGGCAGGGUAAGCUAAGUAUAGCUAAAUGUGACUUGUUUCUGUGUUGAGCUGACUGGCUAGCCUUUGAAUUGUCAAGAGUUAUGCAGGAAAACUGUUCUUUUUUGGCCCUUUUGGAUGAAACUGUGCAAUAUAUAAUAGUAGUCAUGUAAUUUCUUGACCACAAUAAAACCAUUCACAUUUCUGUUCUGGAGAAAGUGAUAUUUGAGUGGAAUAUUAGUUCUUCAUCUGUUGAAUAGCAAAGCUAUGAAUUCUCUUUCUUUGUACUUUUUUUUUAUAUAUAAUGCUGAUUUAGAAGAAGUGAUGCUUAUAAUGGCAUUCCUGAUGCAUUAUUUCAGGUAGUGUUCUUCAGCACAGCUAUUUCCAGACACUUUGAAUGAUUAGGCUUAACUAGCAUAGGUUAUUUAUAAUAAGCAGGCACUGGCAAGGUGAGUGAGUAAAUAAAUGCAAAGAGUAGCCUAGAAUGUAACAAUACAUUAAAAUUCAGAGCAAGACCUUUCCAAAUAUUGAUAGAAGAAUCUUUCUUACCUCAUUGUGCUCCUCCGUGAAUAUUAUUCUUGCUGAAUAGAUUGUGCAAUAUAAUUCUUCUUUUUCAAAUUGAUUUAUCCUCAGGCUAGCACAAAAAAAAAUGUUUAAGAGAACUUGAGGUUGGAGUUGUAUGUUAAGAAUACAAAUCAAUUAGAUUUGUUUUUAAAUAGCCUUUUAGAUGUUUGAUAUUUUAACAGCAUGAGGUGUAGUCUGGCCCCUGUUGCUUCCAGUGAUGGUGUGCUAUUAAGCAUAUUUCAGACUUACGGGAAGGGUUUAUUGGUGCUAGUAAAAGGUUUGAGGAAGAAUUUGCACCCUAUGCAUUCCUGUAAGUCUCCUUUUAUUAUCAUUGUAAGUAUUUCUAAAAAGGUUUUGCCUAAUGUUUCUACAUCCAGAAGUCUCCCAUUCCAUAUAUCUUGUCCUGCAUCUCCAACUAGCUUCCUGAUAUAUUUUUUUCAUGGCUGUAUCAUUGUCAUCUUAAAUACGGUACAUGCAUGAUUGAACUGCUUCUCCUAAGCCUCCUUCUCUUUGGCUACAUUCAGACAAUAAUAUUUUGGCCUAAUAAGGUGAAGUAUGAAUGAGCCUUGUGCCCCUGCAGGAAAGCCAGGAAACAAACCAAGAAGUCUUCAGUUAACUACGUUUCAUGUUGUAUCCAAACUGGGAAGCCAUGGUUAGCAGCUUGAGAAUAAGGUAGGAUAUCAAACCAUGGUUGGAGGUUGGCUUCAUAUCCUGGCUUCUUCUGAAGCCAUUAACUAGCUUCCCAGUUGCACAUAGUGCAAAAUUAUGGUUAACUAUAGACUUCUUAAUGUGGCUAUUGACUAGGGUCUAUAGAUAUUAUCUUCCCUGUUAACCAGGCAUUAAUUCUUCUUAUGUCACCAGAGGCUAAAAUAACCUUGGUGAUUAGGACCACCUAUUACCAACUAGUGUAGCAAUGAUGUCCUGGAAUUGGGCAGUCCUUAUAUUUGGGAUACUGUGAUGCACUCUUUGUGGGGCUGCCCUUGGAAUUAUUUCAGAAGCUGCAGCUAGUGCAGAAGACAUCAGCGAAGGUACCGAGUGGAGAGCUAAAAAUGCUCAAACAGACUGGCAGCUGUUAGCUACCAAGCAAUGUUCAGAGUUUUGUUUCUGGUGUAUAAAGCCCAAAACAACUUGGGACCAGAAUACGUAAAAGAUUGCCUUCCCCUCACUAUGCAGACAUGUUAGGGCAUUAAGAUAAUCAGAGAAAUCCUUGCUAGUGGUACCACAUUUUCUAAGUAUGUCACUUGGGGUGGGGGAAUGAAAAAGGGCCUUUUCUAUAGUGGUGCCCACUCUUUGGAGCACUCUAUUAUUGCAAUUGCUCAUUACUGAUUUUAUUUAGAUUUUAUGUAUAUUUUAAUAUUCAUUUUAAAAACAUUUUAGUGUUGAAUUUUAUUUUGUAAGCCGUUUCAGGACCCCUGUAUGGGAAGCUGUGUUUAAAUAAUUUUAAUAAAAUCUAGGUUUUGUUUCAGAAUCCCCUCUCUAUCUCCCACACACACAGUCUCAGUCACCAAGUCAUGCCACCAAGUGAGAGCCAGUGUGGUGUAGUGGUUAAGAGCAGUGGACUCGUAAUCUGGUGAACCAGGUUCGAUUCCCCGCUCCUCCACAUGUAGCUGCUGGGUGACCUUGGGCUAGUCACACUUCUCUUAAGUCUCUCAGCCUCACUCACCUCACAGUGUGUUUGUUGUGAGGGAGGAAGGGAAAGGAGAUUGUUAGCCACUUUGAGACUCCUUAGGGUAGUGAUAAAGCGGGAUAUCAAAUCCAAACUCCUCUUCUUCUUCUGCAUAGCAUAGCAAAAACCAAAACAACAACAACAAAAACCCAGUAGCUGUUUUUUCAGACUCCACAAGUCAUGUUCUGGUUAUCUCUUGUCUUGGCUACUGCAAAUUUCCGUCCUUCUCUUUAUGCACCUUAGUCCUUUCAUUUAUGUCUAGAACUCUUCUACCCAAAUCAUUAAUCUCUCCACUGAAGUUGGGCGGGGGAAGGUGCAUCCCAUAAUAGUACCACUUCAAAUUAAGUCAUAGAUUGAAACUUAAUUUGGUCUAAUAAAGCAAGUUUUGCUACAGACUAGGCUUCUGUCCACAUAUCUAUUGAAUUACUGGAAAUCCCUAUCACAGGUCUGUGAAGAAGAGCAGAUAAGUAGAGUUGAGUCAUAGUGGGUUGCAGCAAAGCAAACUUACUUUAUCUGUACCAUUCUGCCUUGUAAGCCGCCGGCAGAGUCAGAGGCAUCAUGUGACAGACUGGAGAAGCAACUAGCACAAUGGCAGCAUAGAGUUGUUAAUUUUUUUGACUUAGGAAGGGUCUCUGUGCAGAGCAAUGAGGCUAAGAGAGAAUAUGUGUCAAACUUGGAACAUUGCAUUUCUAUUUUUUACCCAAGUCUAAAAUUAUAAUUACCGUAUUUUUCGCUCUAUAGGGCGCACCUGACCAUAGGGCGCACCUAGUUUUCAGAGGGGGAAAUCAAGGAAAAAAAUAUGAUUCCCCUCGCCCCCAGCUCUGGGAGCAGCGGACAGGCUGCACACAGCCUGUGCGCUGCUCCCAGACCUUCUCCCUGCUAUUACGGGAGGUGGGGGAAUUCCCCCAUCUCCCACAAAAGCCCACACAAGGGAGAAGGGACUGACUCGGCCAGUCAGUCCCUUUUCCCUCUUUGGGGAAAAGCCCCCAAGAGCGGCGCGCUCUUUAAAGGUUGUGCAGCUCCUGCAGGCUUUUCUACGAGGUGGGGAGAUUCCCCCACCUCGUAGAAAAGCCCGCAAAAGCCGCGCACCCUUUAAAGAGCGUGUGGCUUUUGUGCGCUUUUGCGGGAGGUGGGGGAAUUCCCCCACCUCCCGCAAAAGCCCACAGGUACCCAUCCCCUUUCCUUACCCUUUAUAAAGAGCAGGUUAGCCAGACAAAAUUGGAAGGCUGUGUAAAAAAAAUCUGGUCUUUGAUACAUGGUAACUUGAUGGGGGGAUAGUAACACAAAGUUAAUUGAACCUGUUGAUUAGAAUUCGAAUCCAAUUUUGCAUGAACCCCAUACAUGUUGUUGCAUGUGCAGAUUGGGAGUGCUGUGCGUCUGUUCUCUUAAACUGAACUUGCAAAGGGGAAAUUUCCAUCACCCAUAGGCCUGCAACUUGGACCGUGAGAACUUGCUGCAUCUCCUCAAAUGCCUGCACAGGCUUCAACAGACCUAACAAGAACUCCUGACCAUCACUUCUGCUGCAUUUCAUUUCAUCACUCUUUUCUCUGCUGCCUUUAUCCCUAUUUACUCACCAUAUACAGUAUUACCCAUUAUUGUUACCCAUAUUAUCACUCCCCAUGAAUUCAGCAGAUGCAAAGUCUUAUGCAUUCCUUAGCAGACCCAUCCAUUUGUACCAUCGAAAGGGACAUUGUGGGAGAUUUUCAGUACACCACCUUACCCCCCUCCCACAAACACUUUUAAAAGGGUGUAAGAUAUUCAUUGUCCAAAGGCCUGGUUGAAGUGAAAACAUUUUUGCCUGGCACCUAAAGGUGUAUAAUGAAGGUGCCAGCCAAACCUCCCUGAGGAGAGCAUUCCACAAACAGGGAGCCACUGCAGAAAAGGCCCGUUAUGAUGUUGUCGCCCUCUAAAGCUCUUGUAGAGUAGGCACACGAAGAAAGGCCUCAGAUGAUGAAUGCAGGGUCUGGGUCAGUUCAUAUGGGGAGAGGCCGCCCUUGAGGUAUUGUGGUCCUGAGCCAUUUAAGGCUUUAUAGGUAAAAAACAACAACCCAGGACUUUGAAUUGGGCUUGGAAACUAAUUGGCAGCCAGUGCAGUUGGACCAGGAUUGGUAUAAUAUGCUCAAGCUGUCAUGCCCCAGUAAGCAACCUGGCCACUAAAUUCUGCACCAUGGUUGGACAGCUGACCUAUGCACAUACAUGCCAUGCAGACAGUGGUUCUCUGAAUUGUCCCAGAAUUAGUAUUUGAUUUCUUCAGGAUAAUUGGUUAAAAAUCAACUUUCAAAACAGGAAAUCUCAUCUGUCUUUCAAACAUGACCUUUAUUACUAACGUGAAAAGUAUACUUGUUUACAAUUGUUGGUUGUGUUGUGUUGUGAGCUUUAUGCUUUGCAAAACACAGGGGAAACAUAUUUUCUUGGCAAUAUGUCAUUUGGCUGCAUGUCGAGAAGUAUAAUAUGACUAAUGCUUUCAGCUUGGAUACCAUUUGUGUUCUUAAAGUAAUCAUUCUGGUUUUACUCUUGAAACAAGUGCCAGAAGGCUUUCCAAGGAAACUACAAAAUGGGAAAUGUGUUUAAAUAUUUUGCCUCUAAUCAUUUUAAGUGUGUGCAUGGGCUUGCACUGUAAUUUUUCAUUGUAUUUUACAGUAACCUUAUACCAGCAUAAUUAUUUUUACAGUUAAAAAAAAAUAAACUGGCACUGGGCAACAACCAACAGUGUUUCCCGAAAAUACCCAUUUUGAACUCCCCUCCCAGUGUGGUGUAGUGGUUAAGAGCAGUAGUCUCCUAAUCUGGGGAACCGGGUUCGCGUCUCCGCUCCUCCACAUGCAGCUGCUGGGUGACCUUGGGCUAGUCACACUUCUUUGAAGUCUCUCAGCCCCACUCACCUCACAGAGUGUUUGUUGUGGGGGAGGAAGGGAAAGGAGAAUGUUAUCCGCUUUGAGACUCCUUAAAGGGAGUGAAAGGCGGGAUAUCAAAUCCAAACUCUUCUUCUUCUUCUUCUCCUCCCCAUCCAUGUAUUCAAACUACUAUGCAUCUGUUGUGUUUAUUUUAUUUUUUAUUAUUGAUAAGCUCUCUUGGAAGCAUAAAUAUUUUAACCAAAACCUUCAUGUUUCACAAAAGGUCUUCAGGACUGAAGCUACACCUUUUUUUGCACAGGACUAUUUUCACAUCAGGUGGCGCUGUGGUCUAAACCACAGAGCCUAGGGCUUGCCGAUUGGAAGGUCAGCAGUUCGAAUCCCCGCAACAGGGUGAGCUCCCGUUGCUCGGUCCCUGCUCCUGCCAAUCUAGCAGUUCGAAAGCACAUCAAAGUGCAAGUAGAGAAAUAGGUACCACUCCGGUGGGAAGGUAAAAGGCGUUUCCAUGUGCUGCUCUGGUUUCGCCAGAAGCAGCUUAGUCAUGCUGGCCACAUGACCCGGAAAAACUGUCUGCUGACAAACGUCGACUCCCUCAGCCAGAAAGCGAGAUGAGCGCCGCAACCCCAGAGUCAUCUGCAACUGGACUUAACUGUCAGGGGUCCUUUACCUCCCCCCCCCCACAUGGUCAUAGUGUGGCUAGAUGCAAGCAAAGUUGUACGAAGUUACCCAUUUCUGUUUCUGUUACUCAUUCUUCCAGUUUUAAAUUCAUUUAAGUACAUUUCCACAUCAGUUUGUGAUUUUUUUAUUUAUUAAAAAAAAUAGUUACUAAUGUAACAUUUUCUGCUAACAGUUUUCCCUAAUGUAACACAUUUUAUAUACUAUUUUCACUAAUAUAUUUGUUGUUUGUUUAUUGAUUCAAUUUCUUUCCCAGCCUUCCUCCCAAGAGGCCAGAGUAGCAAACAACAAAGCAGUAAAACAUGACAACUGCAAUUUAAAAUAAGUUUGGACACUUAAGCACAUCUAAGAAUAUGUAAGUCAUGCUCAAGGCAGCUUGCAACAUGCGUAAUUACAAACAUUAACAAAAGUCAUAGUAGGCAAUAAAUGAAACAUCAGAAAGUACACAUAUUGAACAAUUUCCACAUAAAUCAUAAUAAGAUAUAAAAUAAAGUUACAAAAAAAAAUAAGUAACAUUCGCAAACCAUCCCCUCUCAACAAUACCCUAGCCCAAGAGUUUGUUCAGCCUCAGCUUUUGUAGCUGGAGUUAGCCCAGGUGGGAAAAGGCCUGCAAGGCAGAGAGCAAGUCUUCCAGGAUUCACAGCCAAGAUGGUCCUGCUGUGAGAGCACGCUGGGUCUUCCUUCCUCUGUGUCAAGGGUGGGGAACCUGUGGCCCUCCAGAGGUUGUUGGACUCAGCUCCCAUCAGCUUUCGGCCAGGAUGACCAGUGGUCAGGAGUGAUGGAAGCUGAGGUCCAAUAAGCAUCUGGAAGACCACAAGUUCCCCUCCCCUGACGCACAGAGCAAGGUAGUUCUAGAACUGAGGCUGGGUGCUGCCCACCAAGAGCACCUUUCUGUUUGCCCUUGCUGCUCUUAUUUGAUAUGUGGAUGGCCCUCUCAAUGGGAUGCUCAUGACAAUUUGCAGAUACCUCUAGUAAAGGAAAUGAAGAGGUUUCUGUCUGAAGCCUGCCUAGCAAAGUGCUUGGUAAUGUGAGUCGGAGCUGCUAAAUAGAAUUGGAUGCCUGGAGGCUAUGUCUGCCCCCUCUUUUUUAAAAUGAUGCAAAUGAAUUGCAAGAAAUCUAAUAAUCCCUUUUAAUUUUUCAGGCAACCAGCAUAAAGCGUGAAAUGACCUUCGCAGCAUUUCAGCAGGAGGAGCUAAAAAGUGAUCUGAAUCAAAAACUGUCAGACCAACAUUUUUUUCUGUUGGCGAUGAAGGAAGAGGAUUCGAAAACAGCAGACACCAAAAAACCUGGCAGAGCCCAUGAGCACGAGAAAGAAAGCACCCGCUCCAUCUGCCUUCUCGAGCAGAAACGCAAAGUUGUGUCUUCAAAUAUUGAUGUGCCUCCUGCAAGGUAGGGAAGCCUGAAAAGCAGGAAAGGGUGGCAAAAUGACUAGCCUUCCAAGUUCAGCAAGUUGGGCUUUUCUGAUAUAAACUAUAUAGCGCAUCCUACAGGUUGAAUGUGUGUGUGUGCGUGUUGUGGAGGUUAGUGGUCAUUGUUCAACAUGGACCACUUGGGUUAUAAGAUUCACUGGGCAGCCUUGGGCCAGUUGCUACUACUUCAGUCCUAUCAUUGUAAAAUAGGUAUCAAUAAUAGUAAAUUGUUUAAAAUGAAAUAUAAACUAUGUGAGCAAUGCCAGCAAGGAAUAUACUAAAGCAGAGAUCCUUCCACACAUAUGACAGGUGAGACAAUUUCAUAGCUGGUGUAAGUUCUGAUCCAAAACAUCAGGAGGGCACCAGGUUAGGUAAGGCUGCCCUAAACUAUACUCAGAGGCCUGAUUCAGCUAUAAUAAUUUCAGUCUGGUUUAGUCUGAUAAACCAUGAUUUCAUUAAACAAAGAAUGAGCAUUGUGACUUUGCUUCCAUCUUCCCUUCUUUCUUUGUCAUGCUGCAGUGGAAUAGAAUAGAAACUGAAUUUGAAGGAGGGGUAUAAAACCAAGAGGCAGAGCAAUCAAAUCCACAACCCCUAUGGACAGUGUUAGAAAGCUAGAAGCUAAAUGGCACCUUAAACCUAGGUUAUGGGCGCAACAACGGAAUGGCUAGGUGUGCUUUUUUAACAACAAGAAUACAAAGCUGAAGAUGAAUGAACUGCAGCUAAAGUAUUAUGUUCAUUUUUCACAUGGUCUAGUCCUUCCCCUGCCCACCCUCCCUCAUAUUCUUAAGAGGGUCUCUUCUCCAGUCUUCAGAGAAUCGUUGGAAGUGGGGAGGCAGAAAAAGGUCCUCCUUUCCUUCCACUCUGCAGUUUUAAUCUGAAAUCUUAGGUGCAGUCCUGUGCCCAGAGCUCAGCAACUGCUUCACUAAUGAAAUUCCCUGCCGCAAAUGCACCUAGAACAAUCAGAGUUUCGAACACUGCCUGGGGGAGGGGUUGGAUGGAGCCAGUCACCACUGACCUGCCCCUUCUGGGCACAGAUCAGCCAUGUGGGCAGGAAGCCUGCUACUGGUAUACCUGGUAGUGGAAAACUGCAAAAUGGGGGGGCAUUCUGGGGAGGGGGGCAGAGCGGGGCUGAACAGUCUGAGAUUCACUGGAUAGUGAGCCUGAUCCAUACAGGAUUACUGCAAAAGCCUGGAGGUGGUGCAGGGAUCAGCCCCAAUCAUUCGCUUGUUCCUUCCACCAUAGUCACCAUAAGUGGCUGGGCUAUAGACUCAGCAGUAGCUCUCCAAAGUCCCUGCAGUGGCUGGUAGGGUUUGGAUUUUAGAUUUCAUUCUAGUGCAGUACAUAGGAAAUCAGUGCCGGCAGCCUUCUCGGAGUCAUUACAAAAUACCUAGAUUCUGGAACACCUUAAAUCCUCUUGAUUCCCCAGAUGACCCCCCCCCCCCUGCAUCUUUACUGACUGCUGCAAGUGUCAUUCAGGAGACUUACCUUUCCCUCCCUUAUCCUCAAUGGCAGGACUGUGUGUUUUCUCCCAUUUCCCUCCUUCCUUCUUCUUUCCCUCAAUGCUUGCCUUGCGGCAUUAACAAAAGACUCAUAAAGUAUAUUUACCAUAAGUGUGCUUGCAUUAUUAUGGAAGCCAUUCUGUGUAAUACAAACCUUCCCCAGAGUUUGAGGUAGUUGGCACCCAUGAUUUUGUUCUGGUCACUUACUGGACUUCCUGUGGAAAUUUGUCGGAAGUUAUGGCACUGGGUUGUAGCUUUGAUUCUGCCUCCACCCACUCUCAGUUUAUUAGACCUCUUGGGAAAGCUUUAGAAUUUGAUAUCCUGAACCCCUUCACUAAUUGCUUGGUGCUGCAGCCAUUAGGGAGCUUAUAAUGAAAUAGCAAAAUGAAAUAAGGAAGAAAGGGAGCUGAAGGCAUAAGGAGGGAGGUAAGACUCUUUUUUUAUAUUUAUUUAUGUGGUGCUGUUGAAUGGGCAUCGUAAGAACAGGGGUAGUAAUGGCUAUUUCUUUAGGGCAAGUUCCAUACCGUAACUACAAUGAUGCUGAAUAAAAAUGGGGUAUCAACUAAAGAUCCUCAACUGCAAUUUUGUGGGAAAUUACAGAAAGCAAAGGAGAUACACUAAAUGGUUGUUUGUUUAUUGAAAGGAGAUAGAUUUGUUUGUUUUUAAAAUGGUCAAGACCAUAAUCUAGCUGUGUAGUAUGAUCUGCCAUAUCAGGGUUCAGUUGUGGCAACUUUUAAUGCCAUCAAAUCCAAACUCCUCCUCCUCCUCCUCCUCUUCUUCUUGUUACCCCUCUGGUCCCUUGACAAUAGAAGGGAACCUUGAGAGCAGCAAAUCAUGAGCUAGGCAAUCACACCUGCAGUAACUGUUGUCUAAUACAAUGACAGGGAGCAUCAAAGCUGAAGUGCCCCAGGUGCUCGUUUUCAGGCUAGUAUACCAUGGCUUAUUAAAUUUGAAUCAAGCUGUACCCUAAACCUAAUCAAAGAUUGCAGCAGAUGUAAUAACCAGCCAACAUCAUGUCUCACAUUCUCCUUGCUAACAUUGCCCAGUAAUAUUCUUGGUAGCUUAGCAUGAUAAAAGUCUUUUCAGACAUAGGACUCAAGUUUAACUCCAAUGUGGUAUUUACUAUUAGUGUAUUUUUACACUACUUUUAGUGAAUUUAUAUUUUUGCUCUCUUUUUCUGCUGCUUCUAGAGCCUAACACAAGACUUUUUCAUGCUGGCUCCUGCUACACAAAUGCCCUUUGGCAUCCCUUUCAUUUUUCAGCGCCCCCCCCCCCGACUUUUUUGCACCCCAGUUCCAUUGGCAAAACACACAAAAGGGGAAAUAGAAUUUUUAUCAAAAUUGUGGUAGCCACAGCAUGCCUUAAUUGAGCUUGCGUGAGCCACCAGUUGAAGCUCAGUGGUCUUGUACAAAGGCACAAACACAGUGGUGUUUUAAAUGUGUAUCUCAUAUCACUCCAGGACUCAAUGCACUAGGCCAUGCCUGAUGGUGUGUUUUUUUUGUUUUGUUUUGUUUUUUUGCAUAUCAGCCCAUGAACAGAAGGAUUUGUUUGAAUCUGUGAUGUGUCUUGUUGAAUUUGCUUUUUGACACUCCUACACAAAACCUAUUUUUUCUCUUUGGGUAUUUGCUUCUUAAAAUGCAGGUGAAAUAUUUGUGGGUGAAUAAAAAUAAUACAGUUUUCUCAUCUACAAAUAUAUGAAUAUAACAGAACUUGAUAGAAAAUUCUGCAAUAUAAAUAAUAUCCAUCAAGUGGGGUUUUUUUUUAACAGCUUUAAAAAAUUCCUACAUGUUUUAGGAAUAUCUUAGGAUAUCCAUGACUAACUCAAGUCUACAGAGUAUGUCUUAGUUGGAUACAAUCCAUUGUCUUCAUUCUGGUGUUAGCUUAGGAGUAUAUUAACAUGCACAAUUAAUAAAAAAUAAUUAAUACAUCUUGAGUAUGUUAACAUGCACAAUUAAUAAAAAUAACUAUUUACAUUCUUUGUUUAAUUCUAAUGACACAGCACUGCUUAACCUUAUUAAUUCCAUUGGCCCUAAAUUCAUCUAGAUUGUGCCUAUAAUCUCGGAGUUUAUGUGGAACCAACACAAUCCAGUCACCAUAAAAUACAGCAUAAGAGGAUGUUUGCAUCACAGCCACUAGGUGUCACUAGAGAGUGCUUGCAGCCUUUGAUACAGGAAAAUGGAUGAGAAUUGUCCCACACGAUUAAAAAAAAUCCCCAAAUAUUGUUUAAUAUAAUUUACGAGGUUGAAUUUGCAGUCUCUUGAGUUUCAAAAUUCUUUACAAAGAAAAUGAAUAAAAAUAAGGGUGAUGCAUAGAAUAGGAUGGCGAUCCUGACAAAUACCAUCACAGCAAAACAAACUCUCUUAAUUUUUAUUUAGUUUUACUAAAUGAUAUUAAAAAUGCAUCAGCGCUUCUGGACAAUAGUUAAGGUUAAUGCUGCUAUUUCUUCUGCACUUUUGAAUUACUUCAAAGUGGAGAUCACUUUGUUGAAGGUCAAAAUACUCACCUUGGUGAAAAUCAAAUGUAUUAGUUGUCAAAAAUGCAUUUGCUUCAAUUCCUUGCAUGGCUCAGAGCAUGGGUAGGCAAACUAAGGCCAAGGGGCCAGAUCCGGCCCAAUUGCCUUCUAAAUCCGGCCCGCGGAUGAUCUGGGAAUCAGCAUGUUUUUACAUGAGUAGAAUGUGUCCUUUUAUUUAAAAUGCAUCUCUGGGUUAUUUGUGGGGCAUAGGAAUUCGUUAAUUUCCCCCCCAAAAAAAUAUAGUCUGGCCCUCUCACAAGGUCUGAGGGACAGUGGACCGGUCCCUUGCUGAAAAAGUUUGCUGACCCCUGGAUCAGAGCAAUACAAAUCCCCAUAUAAGAGAGGAGUCGGUCAGUUUCAAAAAUGAAUUGUACUUGACAAAUUGUCUCAGAAUGAAAUUCUGUUUAUUCUUGUAUUCCUCAGUGAUGAUGCUGUUGGCCAUCCUUUCUCUUUGAUCUGAAGCCCAAAGGGACUGGCCCAUUAAGUUCCAAUUAGGAACAGGCAUAUCACCAACUCUCUUUAAUUUAUUUAUCCAUGUGUUUAUAAUCUGCAUAUUAAGAAACAUGUAGCAAGGUGGAUUGCAGCAUAUAAAAUUAAAGUGAACAAAGAUAUCCAUAACAAUAUCAAUUUAAAAUAUCCAUAAAUGCUGAUGGAUUUAAACGAGAAAAUUCAAAUUGCAAAUGCAUGCCUAAACAAUGUAGUUUUCAAAAGACAUCUCAAAGGAGGGAGAGAACUUCCUGCCCAAAGUUCUGCUAGCAGGGAGUUCCACAGGGCAGUGCCUGUCAAACUAAAGGUUUCGUCUCUUGUGAAGGCCAGCCAAACUUCAAAGGCAUGAGACCCACCAGAGGUGCCCCCCUCAAAGGAUCUUGGUGAUUGAGGUGAGUCGAAUCUGAGUAUAGCUUAGUUGGAUACCACCCUUUAUUUCUGGGACUGGCUCUGGAGCAGCCAUGCAAUGGAACAUGGCAUAGAUCCUGCUUAUUGGCAAGGAAGCAAUGCUAUGAGUCUCCAACAGAAAUAUGAGUAAGGGUUGCAAGACGAAAUGUGCAUUCUGGCUGGCCACUGUACAUACAACAGAGCUGUUAAGUUUACUUUCAGAACGGUUGGUCCCAAUUGUCUGCACAGUUAAAUCAGUCACCUAGAGAGUUGUAUUGUGACUAGAUUUGUCUGUUUCACCUAGACAGGUUAGAUAACAUUCAUUGUCAAGCACUAAUUACUGAUAUGGAAAUAAGAGUGAGCACCUGUGUAGAAAGGAACUGAUAUGAAUUAUGCACAGUGCUGAUGAUAUCUGCAAUUACCGAAGCAAAACUAACUCAUGACAAUACAGCACUUAAUGCCAUUAGAUACUAUGCUGUGUUAAAUAUGCACAAGCCCCUUCCUUCAAAACGUCCAGGUGCUGUUCAGGGACAUAAAAAAAUGAGUAAGUGUAAUAAUCUGUCUAAAAGAAGUCAGAUGCUUAGUAUCCCAUGAGCCAUGCUUGUGGAAAAACUAAAGCAAUGAAUUGUGUGCUGGCUCCACAUCUACAGUGCAGGUAUAAUACAGACAUAACACGACUCACACUGAAAGCUUCAGAUCUGCUUCAAGACUGUAGUUCAGCUGCAAUUCGUCUCACUGGAUUUUAUCCAAGUCUGCAGCCCGACUUUGUUGCAAUUCAUCCUUGUUUCAGAUAAGUGUGUAGUUUAAGAAAAAGAGUGAAUUCACAUAUGUUGCUUAUAAAUAGGUAGCCUCCCACUGAUUUCUCCAAAAUCAGGGGAAAGAAAGAAAAAGAAAACUAUUUAGCUCAAUUAGGGUUUGUCAGAUCACCAGUUUGUUUGAGCAUCUUUAAUCCUUUUAUACUGUCUCCAUAGGUAGUCUCUGGCAAUUACAAAUUCAGUGGAAAUCAGAGAGAUGUAUUAAUACAAACUGAAUCUCUAUAUGUGUACAUAUAUGUCAAGGGUGGGGAACAGUUAAACCAGAAGCCACUACUGGGCUCCGUUCCCAUCAUCCCCAGGCAGCAUGACCAGUGGUCAGAAAUUGCAGCUCUGUUUUAAAUGUAUUAUUUAUUUGGUUUAUAUAAUGCCCUCAGAGCAGUGAGACAUGAUUUUUUCCAAAAUUGCUAUCAGAUUUUAGUAGAGGAGAAUACAACAAAAGAAACUGAGGAAAAGAGGGAGCAAGGAUAACAAGCAGAGAAGAGAAAGGAAAGGAAAGGAAGGUGUGAGGCUAACCAGGAGCAAAUAAUAUGUGUUAACAUCUUCUAGUUUUUAGAUUUACUCUAGUAAAUCAAUGAUGGAACUGUAUUCUUUUUUUAAAAAGGCGAAUUGUUAGCCUGAGAAACAAAUAGAUGGAUCGUUUUUGUAGUGUGUGUUCACUCUCCUGUCUUCUUUACACCAUUCUAAAUGGGCAAUUGAAUGAAAAAUAGUCUAGAUACUGCUUUUAAAGGAGAUGGAGUGCUUAGCAUGUGCAUACAUAAAGCCUCAGAGAAUAUGUCUGUUAUUUCGAGAUUUGUAUCCUGCCAAACAUGGAGCACUUAGCAUGGCUAAUUAACAGAUAACAGUUCUAGUUCUAUUCAAGUUAAUGCCUGAAUGCACUGUUGUAAAUGGUCAAGUCCAGUCAAAGGCAACUAUGGGGUUGCGGCACUCAUCUUUCAGGCUGAGGGAGCCGCCGUUUGUCCGCAGACAGCUUUCUGGGUCAUGUGGCCAGCAUGACUAAACUGCCUCUGGUGCAAUGGAACAUCGUGAUGGAAUCCAGAACACACAGAAACACCUUUUUAUCUUCCCGCCACAGUGGUACUUAUUUAUCUACUUGCACUAGCAUGCAUGUGUAAAUGGUAAUUGGGCAUGCAAAGGUGCAUUUGUACUGCUGUUGUCUCCUUUUGUCACUUGUGUAAAAAGGAUAUGGGUAGUGAGAAAGAAGAGCCUUGCUAAAUCAGACCACCUAGUCUAGCACCCUGUUUCUCGCAGUAAGGGAACCAGAUGCUAACAAACGCAGGGAAGGGGCAGAGCAAAGAGGGGUGAGCAUUGGUUGUUGUGAAGAAGGAAAGUCCUUCAGUUACAGAUGCUACUCCAGAUUCCAACACCAGCUUCCAGUAAGGAAAAGCCUGCUUCCAUUAUGGGCUGAACGACCUACAGCUGAUCAGCUCCUCUGCUCUGCCUGGCAGCUAGCAAAUUCUAGAAAGAGACUUGCCUCCAUCUUAGGUUGAAUGAGAUCCAGCUGCAGGCAUGGUCAAACUUGGCCCUCCAGAUGUUUUGGGACUACAGUUCCCAUCAUCCCUGACCACUGGUCCUGUUAGCUAGGGAUGAUGGGAGUUGUAGUCCCCAAACACCUGGAGGGCCAAGUUUGGCCAUGCCUGCCCUAGGGGCAUUUAUUCGAUACCAUUUUUUAUUGUGAGAUUUUUUUAUUUUUUUUGUAAGCCACUUCAAGAGCCUCUCAGGGUUAUAAAGCAAGUUAUAAGCAAUCUAAAUGAAAUUUGAUGCCUAGAGUGCUCUUUUAUCCAUCAAGAUCAUUUGGGUAACAUUGGUAAGGCCUCUUGCUCUUUUCUCAGGUGUUCAUUAGUAUUCAGCUAGUAUGUGGUGGGACAGUAUUGCAGCAGCAUACUCUGCCCCCCCCCAUGUACAUUCAUUAGAAAAUCUGUAUGGAAGCUUACAGGUACAGACGUACACACAGGGGCUCCCUACAAAGACUCUAAGGGACACAUGUAGAGUUGGAAAUGGAGCCUGUUGACCCACUCAAGUCUGCAGCCAUCAUUAACAAGCAAAUACCUGAAUUAAUGCCAGUAUCUUGCAAGGUAUGUGAAGUGGCUAAUUAUAAGUUGGUAAUAUGUUCCUUACAUUAUCAGAAUUGAGCAGGUGUGGCGGGGGGGGGGGAGAUGCAUUCACACAUUAAUCUAUGGCAGGGGUUGCCAAUGCAGCGCCCUCCAGAUGUUGUUGGGCUGCAGCCCCCAUCAGAUCCAGCCAGCAUGUGAGUCACUGGCCAGGGAUGAUGGAAGUUGUAAUUCAACAUCUGGAGAGCCACUUACCUACCUACCUACUUACUGCUUUAUCUUGCCCUGGGCAACCCAAAGUAGCUUACAAGCAACCAACCAGACAAACACACACAGAGAUACAUGAAAAGGGGGGGUACAUUAAAAACUUCCCACCCACAUGAUGUGUGCCCCAAUCCAAGGUUUUGGCCACAGUGUGAAGAGGUAGAGGAAAGUCCUAUGUGAACGUUCCCAGUUGUGCAUAGAACAUGGUGCUAGACAUUUUGGGUUUAUGCUAUUAUUAUUGUGGCUGGGCUUAUACCGGUUGAGAAUACUAAUGGUAGUGUUGUUGCUUGUACGUAGCUUUUCUGUAUCCUGUUAAUAUAUGUUCUGCCCACUUCCUUGUGGGAACAAAACUAAGAGCUCAUAAAUCCUCAGUUACCGUAUUUUUCGCCCCAUAGGACGCACCGGCCCAUAGGACGCAUCAAGUUUUUUGGGGGGGAAAUAAAGAAAAAAAAAUCCCCCCCAGGCGCUUGUGGGGCAGGCAGCGGGGAGAAGCGGUCUACUCCCUGCCGCCCGCCUUGAGAUCAGGUCCGGGGACAGCGGGGAGACGCGCUGCGCCUCCCAGCUGUCCCCGGAGCUUGCGGGGCAGGCAGCGGGGAGAAGCGCUCUUCUCCCCACCGCCCACCUUCAGAUCAGGUCUGGGGACAGCGGGGAGACGCACUGCGCCUCCCAGCUGUCCCCGGAGCUUGUGGGGCAGGCAGCGGGGAGAAGCGCUCUUCUCCCCGCCGCCCGCCUUCAGAUCAGGUCCGGGGACAGCAGGAAGACCCACUGUGUCUCCCAGCUGUCCCCGGAGCUUGUGGGGCAGGCAGCGGGGAGAAGCGCUCUUCUCCCCGCCGCCCGCCUUGAGAUCAGGUCUGGGGACAGCAGGAGGACACGCUGCGUCUCCCAGCUGUCCCCGGAGCUUGCGGGGCUGGCGGCGUGGUCUCCUCGCCGUCAGCCUCCAAACCACUUCAGGAGACAGCGGGAUGGCGGCGAUCCGCCUCCCUCUGUCCCCCGACCUUGUGGGGCUGGCGCUGGGGCUCUCCUGAAGCCUGGAGAGCGAGAGGGGUCGGUGCGCACCGACCCCUCUCGCUCUCCAGGCUUCAGUGAAAGCCUGCAUUCGCCCCAUAGGACGCACACACAUUUCCCCUUCAUUUUUGGAGGGGAAAAAGUGCGUCCUAUAGGGCGAAAAAUACGGUAAAUAAGUAUAUGUUUAUAUGAUACUGCCACUAAUGAAGCUUAUAUAUACUGUAGAGUGAUUAAGCCGAUAGCCUUUGCUUGAUGAGCUGUACUGCAUACCCAUUGUAAAUGAUCGUGAAGUGAGGAUAUGCCUUAUUUUCUAGCCAAGGGGCUCAAGAAAUAGCUGUGAAAUUUCAGGAAACUGUUAACCAGCAGGCAGCAUCCUCUGUAAAAGUAGCAGCUUUGUAGCUUGUGUUAAGUAAUGUACAAAAAUAUCUGUUGAAGUGCCAGACAUCUGUGCUUACUAAAGCAAGGCUGAGAAAAGCUGGCAUCUUUGUGUAUGUGUUUAAUUUGUUUGGUCUUCCCAAAAAUUAAAAUUAAUCAUUUGCAGGGGGGGGGUAUGGAUGUUAGCAAUUUGAUUUUGACAGAGUAGCUGCAGUUAAGGCAUUCUUUAUAUCUGUUUUCAGCUAAGGCUAGCUUUGGCUGCUGUUGCAGUGUUGUGUUUAUUUAGAGGAGGCCAUGAAUUGCCGUAUGACUUCCCCUGGAUGCAAGGAGAGUAGGACUAGGCCUCGGUAUAUCAAUAAACAAAACAGGCCCACCCCGUCACAAAGUGUGCCUUGUUCUGCUCCUGCUUCUGCCCAUGAAGCCAGUCUGGUUAGAUGUCGCAGCACCAUGGAGAGGUCCUUGUGAUCAACAUCCUUCAGUGAGGGCCUAAAGUGAAUAGAGGCCUUUUGAGCCUCUGCAUCCAGUCCAGUCCUCCUUUACUGGAGCCCUAGAGAUUCUUAAAGAACCAGCCCACUGGGCUGCUUCUCCUUUGUUAUAUGCCUUUCCGCUUGGUGUUGGACUGGCAAGGUGGCGUGGGCAAUACUCAGUUCAUCAGGCCCAAGAACAGCACCUGUGAGGGUCCUGCCUCUGAUUCUGUGGGCCUAGGUGCUGUGCCUCUCUUGGGCCCCUGUUCAGGUAACACCAGGCCCAGAGCCAGGAAUCUGGUCCAGCUUCGUAGCCAGUAGCUCUGCAGCCUUUUCAUUUAGUAUCCAUCAUCCCAAGCUACCAGGAUUGUUGAUCAGGGAAGGUUGCCCAGAAGAGAAUGUGCCCCUUGGGCUGCCAUAGGUAUGUGUGCGUGUCUCACACUGCAGGUGUUUUGGUGACUUUCCUCAAGGUGUUAAGACUGAACAUCCUGCUCCUUUCCUUUCUAAUGUCCUUAUGUAUUGAGCGGUUUGUCUCGACCAGGUAUCGUUGGCAGCUUCAGCCAGGGCAGAUUGGUUGGCCAUUGAAGGAAGCCAGCUGCUCUGUGGGGAUGGCUUGAAUGUUUGGCUCCUGCAUCAGAGAUGUGUGGAUCCUGACAAGAGAUCCCACUCACUCUGUGCUCACAUGCUCAGGUGCUUCCGUAUAAAGGAACUUGAAGGGAUUCUGUGUACAGGCAACUUCCCACUUACACCCAUUCGGAAAUAUCCACAACUUGAAUGGGAUACAGUAUUUCUAGUCUGGAUUGGAGAGAGAGUGGCAAGGAGGGUGUUUAGAAGGUGCUCCCCGCUUUAUACGAUUUUACCCAGAACGUAACCCUUGCAUUAAGUGGGAGUUGUCUGUAUUGAAAACAUUCUGACUAAUAAGAUACCGGUACUGAUUUUUAAACAGCACACAGACAAAACUGUUAUAGGAAGUAGAAGGGGGCCGACAGAUUUCAACAGGGGAAAAUGAAUGAGGAUAAAUUCCCUGUCCAAAGGCUUUGUCCUCCAUAACUCUGUUUCCUCGUCCUUGCUUCUGCCCUCUCCAGAAAUACAUAGCUUCCAUUGAUUUUACAGAAGAAGAAGGAGGAAUGGCAGUGCUGGUGGUAUUAUUGACCUAAAAAUUGGUGGGAGUGAAAGGAGGGUGGGAACAGGCUAAUCUGAUGAUGCUGAAGCUCUGCAUUUGUUUUUCCUAUCCCCUUACACCCUGAAGCUUUAAUGAUGUCCUCCUCAUAAUGAAUGAUCUUGGGAGGGGAGAAAGCUGUAUUGGAGAGGAGAGCGGCUGCGGCUUGAGAAAUUAGUUUUACGCGUGUCAGGCUUCGGAGAAACAUUAUGUCAUUCUCAUUUGCACUGCUUGAGGAUGAGCUCAUUGGGGAGGAGCCUCCGUGAUUCGCAGCUGUGCCAGUUCAGCCUGUGGUGAUUAGCAUUCUCUGCGCUCACCAGCAGAACAGAAUAAAGAGGAGGAAAAGGGAGGCUGCAUUAUAAAUUAUUUAAAAACCUACAGAUAAGUGUGUGUGUUUUUUAAGUAAUCAUAAAACCCAGAAGAGAUUCAAAUUUCCAAUCAAAAGAACAUGAUUCGAGCAACUAUUUUUCUUGUUACUGUAGGCUGGAAGGGAUUGAGUUCUGUCACUAAGAGGAAGAAAGCUGAGCCCUGUAUAUUGCACCCAACUUUCAGCCCCAACUACUGAUUUGGGUCAUUUUCUUGGUACAGUGAGGCCUAUCAUUUAUAUUGCUCUUCUUCCCCCUCCCCUCCCCUCCCCCCAGAUCGAUAUGCUAAUCUUACUGGAUAGAUAUCCUGAACUUUUAAAAUUACCUUACUUUUUCCCCCUUUUAGAAGGAAAAAAUAAUUACAUUUUGGAUUUCGUAACCAGUGAAGCUUGGCACCAGUGCAUCUGAAAUAUGGUGUGUGCUGUGAAUAUGGGUGUCUCAGGAUCCCCCAAAUAUCUUAGUGUUAAAAGCUAUAUAAUGGAAGGUAAUAGUGCACUGAGCAUUUAAAAAAAACGGAUUUGGAUUGGGGCAAAAGAGGUAACAGAAUCUGAAAAUGAGGAGUGUUUCAAGGAAGUAGGAGAGGGGGGAAUCAGGAACUAGAAAUAAGAAAGGGAAGUUGAAAUGGACGGAGAAGUACUAUAUUGAAGGAUGACUGUAAGGGCUUUUGGGAGAGGCUGAGGACUCCUCUAGACUGGUGGGGGUUGGGGUGUCUUCCACAACAUGUCACUGAUGCAAUAAUAGUGCAUUUGUGGUGAAUUUACACUGGACCAUCCUGCUUUGUAGUUGUUCUGCAAUGCUUCUCCAAUUUUGCACACGGUAUUCAAAGUGGAAUUACUUAUAACUUCCCAGAUACCAUCAUGAAAAUGAAACACCAAGAAUGCACAUUAAAAAGGAUGUUUGGAGGGGUCCAGGGGGGUUGUCCAGGGGUAAAUCUGGAGAAGUGGUUUCAGCUUGUAAUGGUACCACAGCAAGAGAAACAGAGAAGAAACUGGUGUUCACAGAGCAGCAGAAGUCAGUGAAAAUUGAUUUAUUCACAAAUUCGGAUGCUGUUUAUAAACUCCUAGAGGGCAGAUACAUUCAUCCUAGAGACACUGUUUCCAGAAAAAGCAUAAUUUACUUUUCAAAUAAUUGUCCCUUUGCUUGUUUUAUUUAGGAUCUUUAUCGAAAUGGAACUAUUGAGGUUUUUUAGGAUCGGCAGGGGGAUAGAACGUUGUAGUUUUCUGAUAUCUCUGUCAGGAAGGUAGACUUUUCCCAGUCUGUUAGUGAGGGAGGUUCCACAUUUUAGAUAGUAAACAUGAUAGUAAACAUCAUGUACACUUAGGCUUCCCUCAACAAACUUGUAAAGUGUGAAUGACAGACAUAGUUGCAUCUUAAGCAACCAUAUACACCUGUCUUGGAACCUAGCCUAAACAGUGUAUGUUACAGUUUGCAUGUUUCCUGAGUGAGCUAGUGGUGUCGUAUUAUUUUAUUUACCACAAAGCAGUAAGACUCUUAAGCAUGUUGACGAGGGCCAAACUACACAUUACACACACAACAGCAACCUUAUUGUACAUUUUAUAGGGAAGGGAAAAGGCAAUUUGGAGCAAAGAAAUUGUGGUCAGAAUAUUAACCUUACCCCCCCCCCUUGCUGUUUCCCUUCUUCCUAACAUGAAAUAUGAAUUUUGAGCCCUGGGAUAGGGUAAGCUGCUGAUGACAGGGUCAUUUGGAGUGCAGGAAAGUGAUAGGAAAGGGUUGAGCAUGCACACAUACCCAUGCUGUUUUUACUUUAGUUUUUUUGUUUUUGUUUUUAGGGGGAAAGCAGUGGGUGGGAGGGUGAGGUGCUUAAUCUUUCCUGAACAUGUGCAAGUCUCCUUUGAAAUGUGCCUCUCUUUUUAACACCAACCCAGCCUGCUUCUGGAUUUAAAGCUCAGCUGGAGAACAUGAAUUAAAGCUGCAAUCUUAUAUAAAGCCUUCCUUGGAGUAAGCCCCAUCUAACACUCUUCUCCUGCCCUGUUCCUUCACCACCACCAGUUCUCCUUGCAAGUAUUUCUUCCCCAUCCCUGCAUUUGUUUUCUGAGGAAAGCUCAGGAUAGAGUGGGAACCCCGUUUUUUAUUCAUAAUAUCUACUUCCACCCCAAAUCGGAGGAUGCAGAGGCCCCUUUUCUGUUAAGAAUUUUAAUUUAUUUGAACUGAUAUAGAUCAGUGCCUUGGUGCUGGAGGAGACUCUUGAGAGUCCCAUGGGCUGCAAGAAGAUCAAACGUAUCCAUUCUUAAGGAAAUCAGCCUUGAGUGCUCACUGGAAGGACAGAUCCUGAAGCUGAGGCUCCAAUACUUUGGCUACCUCAUGAGAAGAGAAGACUCCCUGGAAAAGACCCUGAUGUUGGGAAAGAUGGAGGGCACAAGGAGAAGGGGAUGACAGAGGAUGAGCUGGUUGGACAGUGUUCUCAAACCUACCAGCAUGAGUUUGACCAAACUGUGGGAGGCUGGGAGGCAGUGGAAGACAGGAGUGCCUGGCGUGCUCUGGUCCAUGGGGUCAUGAAGAGUCGGACACGACUAAACGACUAAACAAAAAAAAAAAAGAUCAGCGCCUGCUAGGUCAAGGCAGUGACCUGUCUAGUCUAGCGUCCUGUUUCACAGUGGCCAGCCAAACACCUAAAAAAGCAGAAUUUGAGCACGAGCCUUUUCCCCACCUGCAGUUCCCAUCAACUGGCAUUCAGACACACACUGCCUCUCACUGCGAAGGGAUGACAAAGCCAUUAUGCUAGUAUCCAUUUUAAUAGCUAUAAUACUAUUGUCAUUUUCAACAGUAGGCAAGUAUUUUUUUUAAAAAAAAAAUUUUUAAUGGAAAAAAACAGCUUUUUAUAGAUGAUCCUUUCCUCCAUCCUUAAAAAAAAAAGUAACAAGCUAGUGUUCGGGAGCAAAAUUAUAAUCCAGGCUACUGGGCUAAAGACAUCUUUUUCUAGGAACACAAAUAUUUGUUUUGAUUCAAAGUGUGAACCGCAUUUUUUUAAAACAGUAGAAACAAAAUCUGUUUGCAACCUUCUGUUGCUGUUCUGUCUGGAUUUUAGUUAUCUUUAAAAGUAAAUUAUAUAAAACCAGCAGUCUUUGCUCGCCUAUGGGCGUGCAAACUUUUUGGGGUCAAGCUCCACAUUUGCUCAGGGUGAAGUGGUUGAGGGCAGCAUGGCCAGAGUAAGAUGGGGCACUCUCCCCUCUCCCUCUUUCUUUCUUUCUUUCUUACACACACACAGACACUUCUCUCCUCCUGUUGAUAAGCAGAUUCAUGUGGAAGUCAAUAGUCCUUCAUAUACCCACAUCCCAUACCAUAUAGGGCUUUGAAUGUUACACGCUUUGAACUGUGCCCAGAAACAGACAGGGAAGCAGUGAAUCUGCGCUAAAGAUGUUUUCUGGCCGACUAGUCUGGCUUUGUAAUCUGAGCCAAUAGUACUUCAAGUCUUCAAAGGCAGUCCCAAUGCGCAACACAUUGCAGUAGCCUAAUCCCAACUCCUAUUGAGAUUGUAAACAGCUUUUCCAGCCUAGUCUUAAUACCCCCACUAUGAAUUUUCCUGCCACUCAGCAGAUUUGCAUACAAUGUUUGCCGCAUUGUGAGCCAACUCAGUAUUGAUAAUUCAGUAAAUGUUAAUGGGAAGGGUAUACUGAAAGCAACCAUCAACCUUGACUUAAGUACAUUAUCAAGCAUUGUGUCUGAAAGGCAUUAGUCCCAUAGGGAUCUUCUUUUAAACUCCCGGGCUUUGGAAAGAUAGAAGCUUCACUACAUUGUAACACCGAGUGAAGCAAGUUUUCCUUUCUCUACCCUAUGCUUAAAAUGAUUACCAUUCAUUAGUCAACUUCGUGUUAAAGGGCACUAUGUUUGCCUUGAGGCUACUAUGUCUAAUUAGCUUCAUGGGAAAUUAAGAAGGUGCUGUUGUGUUUUUUGCAUUCCCCCCUAUGAAUUUCAUGUUGUUUCAACUCUUCAGCUACAGAGUAAAUACUGCUACUGCUUUAACAGAUACUUAAGGGUAAAACCUGCUGCCUAUUUGUAAUGUUCUUUAUGCUGAAAUGAGGACUGAACUCUGUGCUAUUCAGGAAGUCUGUUAACAAUCUCCUCCUUCUGUUCUAAUCAAACCUGAUGCUUUUUGUUCCUCCUUUUCAAUUAAAACCCAAAAUUAUUAGGUGAUGUAUUCAUGUAUCUGCAGUGCAUCAUGUAAUCUGGUCUUGAUUGAGAGGCUGCCUGUUUUUUCUUCUUCUGAGCAGUUCACAGGAACAUAGAAAGCUGCCUUACAGUGAGCCAGACUAUUGUUCUAUUUAGUUUAGUACUGUCAACACUGGCUGGCAGCUGAUCUCCAAAGUCUCAGGUGGGUGCCUUUCCCUACCAGGAGAUGCCAGUAUUACUGAACCUUGGAAUUUUCUGUAUGCAAGACAGAUGCUCUGCCACUGAGCAAUGACCAUAGAGACACCAUAGCACCUUGAGACCUCAAGCAGACAUAAAAGGCACCCUUCACUGUGUUAAUGCAUAAAAACUUCAGUCCAUGUCUGCUAAGUCCCUUUGAUGCCUAACUGUGUUGGAUUGCCACCCAAAAUGUUCUUGGUGAUGGUCCUACAUCUUUGGUACUCUUUUGCACUGGAAACACAUCUAAGUCGGAGCCAAUAGAAGCUUUCAAAGGUAUUGCAAGACUUUCUUUUUAUUUAAGUCGGCAUUCCCUGGAUCAAGUGGAUGCUAAUGAGGCCUUGGCUUAUCUGUUUUAUCCACUUUUGUCAAAACAGUUUAGGUAAGGUUACAGUCCCCGGAUUUACAAAUCAGUGCCCAUACAAAAUCAAUUGAAGUUGAAAAGUGUCCCUGGAUUCAUUGAAAAAAAUCUGGUAAGCUUAAGUUUAGGUUUCUGCUCUUUACAGAGCUUCUGAGCAGGAAGAAUUUGAAAUAUCAACAUUAUUGUUUCCCUCACCAGCCUGCAUUUGCUGCUGAUGUAGAUCUUUCUUUUCCUUCACUUUCCAUUUCAGAAAAUCUUUGGAAGAACUGGAUAUGGAUAAAGUCACAGCAGCUAUGGUCCUAACCAGUUUAUCCACCAGCCCUUUGGUCCGCAGCCCUCCUGUCCGACCCAAUGGUAAGCACUGUAUUCCUACUCACAAGAGAUUGUGAAAAGUAGUAGGGAUCUUGAACUUAAAUUCCAUCAGUGGUUGCGAUUCAUUAAGCAUGUAUGUCUAACUAUAGUAAGUAUCCAUCUUUUACACUGGGAACAUAUAGAAAAAUAAAUCCUAUAAACCAUUAUGCUAUUAGGGGACCUGCCACCAAUGCAUUAUGGGACCUUGUGAUCAAUGCAUUGUUCAUGAGUCACUUUUUCUGAACAAGGGGAUGGGGACUAAUUUUGAGCAGACAAACAGCAGAGAGGGAGAAAUUUAGGUACUCCUUUCCUUCCCCGAUUCUUCCUCUCUGGGCAGAAGCAUCUAGGCAGUUUUUAAUUUACAAACAAAAACAAACAAAAAAAGAGAAGAGGGACAUGAAACUUGCUGCUGUGUGUAACAGGUAGCGCAUAAGAUCAAACUGACAUUCUUCUUUAAAUAAGACAAAGAAUAACAAAGAAGAUGGCAGGAAAACAAGAAUCAGACUUACUCUCUCUUUGUUUGUUUCAGCCUCAUUCCAUCAGGCUUUCUUCUCUUUUCAAAAUUUUGUUCAUGUAUAAAUCUUUUCUUUUUUAAAAAGAAAGAUAAAGAGAAGUUAAAAAGCCAGAGAACACAGAAAUGCCGUAAUUAUGACUGAACGUUACAUUUGAAUGAUAGGUGCUUUUUUCACCCCUUUAGCUUCUGUGAACAAACAGCAUUUAAAACUAUGCUUGACUUACUUAUUUAUUACAUAAAAUUUACAUGCUGCUUGAUUGUAAAAAAAACCACACAACUCUGAUACCAGGUGUGCUGUGUGUGUAUAAAUUAGUGAAAGCAUUGCAGUACUACCAGGUACAAACUCUUCACACAUUUAUAUCUGCAGGACUGUUGCCAACAUUCUCUUCUGAAAAACACAGUAACUGAUACAGUGAUACCUCGGUUCUUGAAUGUAAUCCAUUCCGGAAGACCGUUUGACUUCCAAAACGUUCAAAAACCGAGGCACAAAGGGCUGGCUGCAAGUUAAAUUGAGAAAAUUGAAAACACGCAGCGGAAGCUGUUCAACUUCCAAGGCGCGUUUGAAAACAGAAGCAUUUACUUCCAGGUUUUCGACGUUCGAAAACUGAAAUAUUCGGCCUCUGAGACGCUCGAAAACCGAGGUACCACUGUAUUGAGUUGCUUUGGUCCGGGGUAAAAAGCGUAUUAUCCUCCAGAUGUUGUUGAACUACAUUUCCCAUCAUCCCUGAGUUGUUGCCCAACACAUCCGUGGGGAGGUGGGGUCUACCAUGUUGGCUGCCCCUGCUUUAUCCGGUGCUGUUCAACUUUAAUUCACUUUCCUUUCCUUUUUGAUCUUCUGAAUUUCUAGAGUCCUUAAAUGGAUCUUGGAAAGAAGGAGGAUUCGUGCCUUCGAGUACCAGCAGCAGCGGGUAUUGGAGCUGGAGUGCUCCAAGCGACCAGUCGAACCCCUCCACCCCCUCACCCCCUCUUUCUGCCGACAGCUUCAAACCAUUUAGACUGCCGUCCCAGACUGAUGACGGCAUUGACGAAGCUGAAACUAGUAGUCUCCUCUUUGAUGAGCCCAUUCCUAGAAAGAGGAAGGUGAGCCCAAUAUUGACUUCAUAGGAGACUCAAGCUUGUGUGGUCCCCUUGGGGUUAAUUUUCAAACCUGAGGGGUUCAUUGUUUCUUACGGGAUAGUACAUUCGCUGUUUGCUCCAGGAUGUUGGCAUGCUUUUUAGGUGUCCAACCCUGGGGCUUACUGACAAAGUGCCACAGUCAACUUGUCAUGGUUUAUACUCUCUCUUUUGCCACAUUGAUGUAGGUCUCUUACCAUCUAGUUCAAAGAUAACCAAUCAAAGGCAGUAUCAAAUUUAAAUUAUGUUACAGUGAAAAGUUUGAGCACAGAAAAUAACUUGUCUUUUUGAGAUUCCACACUGGAGUGGAAUGGAAUAUUACAUCUCUCCCUUUUCACUUUGCAAGUUACACACACACACACACACAUAUAUAUAUAUAUAUAUAACUGCAUGUAAUACCAAUAUAUGUCAUCUUAUUUUAAACAAUCUUUGGCUGCAUUCCUGUAAACUCCCUAGUGAAGCUGUGGGGGCUUCCUUCAAACAAAGUGUAUUCCGCCCCCCCUGCAGAAGAUAACUCGGAAAAAGUGUUUUGACUCCAAACUGUUUCCUCCAAAUGGACUUCAAAGGGCUCAUUGUAAACACUGAUAAUCGAAUCAGAGGUUAUAGUAAGCUCCUUACAAGGUGCAAUCCCGGCACCAGUCAUCUGAUAGGCAGUGAAAGUACACCUUCAAAGGUGGUUAUCAGUUGAACAUGUCUAAUUCCCCAGCCCUUUGCUCAGUUGUUUGCUUUUUUAAAAAAAAAUGCCUGAUUAAUCAGGAGCACCAGAAGCACUUAUCUGUCAUCAUUAUCAUCACAAUUAUUAUUUAUUAAAUAGCUGUCUGCCCAAUGUAACCAUUUUACAUUAUAGAAGUAACAAUACAGAUAAAAACACCAAUUAAAAACACCCAUUAAAAUGGGAAGGGAAGCAUUAUAAAAAUACAAUCAAAAGCCAUAUGGAACUGAAGAGCUUUACAGCUAGGUAAUGAGCAGUCCAGUCUCUCUUGGACAUGGGACAUCCAUAUCAAGGCCACUGAGAAUCAGAGAUUGGUCUUGCCCCCAAACUGUUUAGGGCUUUAUAGGUAAGAAGAAGCACCUUGAAUUGUGAUUGAAAACAAACUGGAAGACAGUGCAAUUGCUGCAGGACUAGUGUUAUAUGAUCCAUAAAGCACUCAGCAGACAAAUGGCUGCCAUAUUUUAGUUGAUUAGAAAAAAGAUCUAAUAAGUUAAUUAAACAUUGCAGCCCUAAGGUGGAUCAAGACUCCAAGCGGGGACACACACACACACACACACACACACUAUAAAUAAGUCAGAAAUAAGUCAGAGUGUUGUAACGAAAGAAAGAAAUCUCUAUGGAAAGCCUUAUUUUAAAUUUUUUUUUUUUUUUUAUAAUAUUUUUUAUUGCAUUUUUCCAGAUAGGAAUACAAGGUCAGAUAUACAAAGAAAUAACAGAAAAGAGAAAGAAAAAGAAGAAAAUCAUCUUUUCAAAGCAUUUUUCCAUAACCAACCGGACUUCCCCCCGUCCCCCUCACCUUGCGUUCUUUACAAUAAAAUUUUUCAGCAAAUUAUAACCUUAUUUCGUGCAUUCUUUUGUUCUUUCAAAUACUUGUGAUUUACGUUUAAAAUGCUUAUUGUCAAUUUACACUAAUAAUAUAUAUAAUGUUCUUUUAAACGUUAGUCCUUUCAUUAAUAUAGCUUAGUUUCCCAUACCUUAAUCUUAUUGCUGGAGCUGAAUUUCCCUAAUCAUGCGAAUUCUUAACAUUCAUAUAACUUAUAAAUUUUUUGUAAAUAAUCUUUAAAUUUUUCCAAUCCUCCUCCAUUGCUUCUUCCUCCAAAUCUCGGAUCCUGGCAGUCAUCUCGGCCAAUUCCAUGUAGCCCAUCAAUUGCGUCUGCCACUCUUCCAGUGUGGGUAAAUCUUGAGUCUUCCAGUAUUUUGCGAUAAGAAUUCUUGCUGCUGUAGUUGCAUACAUAAAAAGGUUCUAUCCUUCUUUAACACCUUCUGACCGACAAUGCCCAGUAGGAAGGCCUCUGGUUUCUUGGGAAAAGUGUACUUAAACACUUUUUUAACUCAUUAUAGAUCAUUUCCCAGAAGGCCUUCACUUUUGGGCAAGUCCACCAGAGGUGAAAGAAUGUCCCUUCAGCCUCCUUACAUUUCCAACAUUUAUUAUCAGACAAAUGAUAUAUCUUAGCAAGCUUGACUGGGGUCAUGUACCACCUGUAUAUCAUUUUCAUAAUAUUCUCUUUCAAGGCAUUACAUGCCGUGAAUUUCAUACCAGUGGUCCAUAACCUUUCCCAGUCUUCAAACAUAAUGUUGUACCCAAUGUCCUGAGCCCAUUUUAUCAUGGCUGAUUUGACUGUCUCAUCCUGAGUGUUCCAUUUAAGCAGCAAGAUAUACAUUCUCGAAAGUACCUUGGUCUUUGGUUCCAACAAUUCUGUCUCUAGUUUCGAUUUUCCACCUGGAAACCUGUUCUUUUGUCCAACUUAAAAACCUCUUGAAUUUGAGCAUAGUGAAGCCAAUUUUGCACCUUAUUCUUUAAUUUUUCAUAACUCUGCAGCCUCCAAGUUUCUCCUACUUUUUCUAUAAUUUCCCCAUAUUUCAGCCAACCAACCUCCAUAUUAGGUUUUCCGGGCCUUGGCCUCUGCUGGUGAAAGCCACCUCGGAGUCUUACCCUCUAAUAAGUCCUUGUAUUUUGUCCAGACCAUAAAUAUUGAUUUUCUAACAAUAUGAUUUUUGAACAUUUUAUGAACCUUUACCUUGUCGUACCACAAAUAUGCAUGCCAACCAAAAGCAUUAUCAAACCCUUCCAGAUCUAGAACAUCAGUGUUCUCAAGAAGUAACCAAUCUUUCAUCCAGCAGAAGGCCGCAGCUUCAUAAUAUAAUCUCAAGUCCGGCAGGGCAAACCCCCCUCUUUCUUUCAAAUCAGUUAGUAUUUUAAACUUUAUCCGGGGCUUUUUGCCCUGCCAAACAAACUUGGAUAUAUCCUUCUGCCACUUUCCAAAACGUUCCACUCUGUCCACAAUCUGUAGGGUUUGAAACAAAAAUAACAUUUUCGGCAAUACAUUCAUUUUUAUAGCUGCAAUUCGACCCAACAAGGAAAGUUUCAAUCUUGACCAGAUUUCCAAAUCUUUUUUGAUUUCCAGCCAACAUUUUUCAUAGUUGUCUUUAAAUAGAUUCAAAUUUUUCGCUGACAAGUGAACCCCUAGGUAUUUUACUUUUUUUACCACACUUAGUUCUGUUUCCUUCUGAAACCCAUCUAUUUCUGAGGGUGUCAAGUUUUUCCCCAAAACCUUAGUUUUUUGCUUAUUCAACUUAAAUCCCGCCACCCGACCAAACUCAUGAAUCAAUUCUAAUACUCUUUUUGUACUAGAUUCUGGCUCCUGUGCCUUAUUUUAAAAUUUUGAGUUCUCUAGCACCAUCUGGUGUUGCAUGUUUAUAGUGCAUUCAGAUCGCUGUGUCUUUACUAAUGGAGCCGAGUCCCUAGUGUGCUCCUUAACCCUUGGUGCUAGAUAGCCCUGACAUCAUGAUGAAGCCUAAUGUUUUUUGGAGGGGAGAGUUUAUGUGGCAACAUACCCCAAAUUGGCUGUCCCAGUUUUACUUCGCUACAAAAAUUAAUAAAUUAUCCACACUGCCAUGAUAUACUAUUAUGAAACUUUAAAAGGUACUUUUUCUGCUUCCCUAGGAGUGCCUUUUUUGGUCAAGCAAUAGAACAGUUCUACAAUGAAAAACCAGGGACGCGGGUGGCGCUGUGGGUAAAACCUCAGUGCCUAGGAUUUGCCGAUCGCAUGGUUGGCGGUUCGAAUCCCCGCGGCGGGGUGAGCUCCCGUCGUUCGGUCCCGCCUCCUGCCCACCUAGCAGUUCGAAAGCACCCCUAAGUGCAAGUAGAUAAAUAGGUACCGCUUUAUAGCGGGAAGGUAAAUGGCGUUUCCGUGUGCUGCUCUGGUGCAGGGUUUGCCAGAGCAGCUUCGUCACACUGGCCACGUGACCCGGAAGUGUCUGCGGACAGUGCUGGCUCCCGGCCUCUAGAGUGAGAUGAGCGCACAACCCUAGAGUCUGUCAAGACUGGCCCGUACGGGCAGGGGUACCUUUACCUUUACCUUACAAUGAAAAACCACAAAGGUUGCACUCUGUGCAGUACACAUAAUUUACCUAAAAACCAGUAAAAGUGCAAACAUGGGAACAGUCACUUGAAAGAUGUCAUACUAAUUACUGCUGUAUUAGCGUUAAGCAGAAAUUUACAAAAUGGUCCAAUUUAUGAUUCAUAGAAGUCAAGCAGAUGUGUGAACAAAUUAAUUAAUCUGUAUUCUCUCUUGUUGAUUUUUUUUUCAGAAUUCCAUGAAGGUGAUGUUUAAAUGCCUUUGGAAAAACUGUGGAAAAGUACUGAGCACAGCUGUCGGUAUUCAGAAACACAUCCGGACCAUUCACCUUGGGUAAGAAAACUACUGUCCCUUCUGUCUGGCAAAAGACUGAUAUCCAAAUCCAUUUUACUCAGAAAUAACCCUAAUUGAUUUCACUAGGAUUUAUAUCCCUAAGCAACAGAGCCUGCUUAGAAUCAACUGCUUAUCUGUGGUAUCUCAAUUCUCUACUUUCAGGUUGCUAAAGAUUUUGGGGGAAAAUUCUAUGGCUGGUUCCCACAUUAUGUCAGGAUGUAUUUUCACCUGUAUCAAAGUUGUUUAAAAGUGAUUAUGGAGAUGACAUGCAGGUCUAGCACUCACGUAACGCUAAAGCUAAACAGUGGCUUAACAUGAAUAAGCAAAUGUGAGCUAAGCCAUGCUUUGGCUUAGUGUGCUAUCUUAAUCUGUGCUCGUGGUUUGCUCUUUCCAGAUAAAUCACGAGCUGUAACCAAGGUUUGUCCUAUGAUUUAAAAUCUGUGGUUUGUCUAGGGGAGCCUCACUGUGACUCAUAAUAAGUCACUAUUUAUUGUGACCCCUUAGCUUUUAAAUUCUAGUGCCCCUUUAUUCUGCCUCUGAGGCAUAUGUGCCUUGCAUGCACACAUCAACAAAAUGGCACAAAAAGCCUACAACCAAAUGAAGAAGGUAUCUUAAUAUUGGUCCAACUGUCAGUUAUAAAAGUUGUAUGUCACAUCAGUUAUAAAAGUUGAGAAAUGUAACUUCUUUGCAUCUGCCCAUAUACUAACAUCACAAUUCUCCUUUACUGCAGUUAAUUUAAUAUGCUACAAAUAACUUCUUGGUCUGCACUUGAUUUAGGCGUGCAGGAGAGUCUGACUACAGUGAUGGAGAGGAAGAUUUUUACUACACAGAGAUACGCCUCAACACUGAUUCCGUAGCUGAUGGGUUAAGUAGCUUGUCUCCCGUCUCCCCAUCUCUAGCAUCUCCUCCUCCUUUUCCAUCACAAGAUGUGAGCAAAAGUGACCUGUCAUGUGCCAAAACAGAUGUGAAAGGGAUGACACCUCUAAGCCGCUCGGCUCCUACCAAUCUCUACCUCGUUCACUCUGACCAUGCUUACCAGGUAAGAUUCUUUUUCCCAUAAGGGUUACUGGCUCAGUGUAAUGGGAAGCCCAUGGUUUCUAAUGUGAAUGAACCAUGGCAAACAUCAGUCUUGUGUGUUCCCCUUCCCCUCCUUUUCUAUUCUUUCACGGACAAGAAGCUUUUGAUUAUUAAGCAAACCACAGUUCAUUGUGAUGUCUGAGUUUUAGGAACUGUGGUUUGUUCAAACUGUGGCUUCCUUCUACUGAUCUGUGUUUUUUUUUGGGGGGGGGAUCCAGAAUGUUUAUUAGAAUCUAUUCUUUUCUAAUGUUACCAUUCCUUUCUUUAUAAAUGAAUUCAAGGCAGCUGAAAUCAAUUAAAACAUUCAAAUUGUCAAUGACACAGUCUACCAACCCCCAAACAAGCACAACAUCAGAAACAAGCAGAGAGAAAAUAUAAGCACCUAGCAACACAAAAGAACAAAGGCUGGUCUGAAAAGUGGGUGGGUUGCCUGGGGUCUGAAGGCAUAAAGUAAUGGAACUAGGUAUCCCUCCCUCUAGGAUAAUAUUUCAGAAACUUUACGCUAUGAUUGAAGGACCUGUUUCUGUUAUACUCUUGCCAAACCUCAGUCUACAAGGGCACCCAGAGUAGGAUACUAGCUAUGCAAGGUUAUAUAUAUAUAUAUGAGAGAGAAUCGGUCCAUAACCGUUUGCUCCUGUACACGUGCUUCCCAUCCCUGUGCAAGUCUUGCAGAGGAAAGAUCUGCAGCCUCUCAGAGAAUUAAACUGCAAGUCAAACACAAGACGAUAGUGUUACUGAUAUUUACUUUAACUUCAUUUUUCCUUUCUUUCAGCAAUUGCAAUUAAAUUCUGAAAGAUCGCUGCAUACUGCCUCCCCUCUUUUCCCCUCCCCAUUCUUGCCUUGCAGUUGCUGCAUAAGCCCUGACUUUUUGACUUGUUUCAAAAUGAUGACAGAUAGCACCAUGUGCUUGCUCAUGUUCAUUAACUGUUCUUUUCACCAUUUCAUGAUAGUUUCUGUGAGAAACUAGCUAAUGUCAUUUUCUCUCCCACCCAUUCUGGUGUUUGUUGCCCCCUAAAGUGCUGCUUCUGUAAGAUCUGAUUUUUUAAAAAAACAUUAUUGGGUCUGCAUAUAUUGGGAAACCGUUCAUUGCUCAUGAAUUAUUGUGAAUGCAGUUCUUCUUUCUGCUUGCAAUACAUAUCAUUAGACAUCCUCCCUGUACCCCUCAGAGAACUGCAUGAAAAGUACAGUGGACAGGGAAGGGCCAUAGCUCAGUAGCAAGAACAUCUGCUUGGCAUGCAGAAGGUCACAGGUUUAGUGCCCAUCUAGGACUGGGAGACGCCUCCACCUGAAACCCUCUGCCAGUCACUGUUGGCAGUACUAACCUAGAUGGACCAGUGCUCUGACUCCUGUACUCCUAUGUUCAAAAUAAUCUCUUUCCAAAACUUGAUACCCAAUUUACGGUCCUUAGUAUAAGACAGUUUGCAACAUAAUUCUGUAGAACAGAGAUGUUCCUCCUUAACUGACUGGUGUUUUUUAAAACAGGCCACAGCUCCUGUGAACAUUCCAGGAACAACAAAGUUCACUCCCAAUGGAAAUAGCUUUAGCAUCUCCUGGCAAUCGCCCCCAGUUACCUUCACUGGCAUUCCAGUAAGUAGAAAACCAACAAAAUAGAACAACGGGAGGUUUUCUUUAUACCAGGGAUUCAGAAUCGUUGUCCCUCCAGAUGUUGCUGGACUCCAACUCCCAACAGCCCUAGCCAGCAUAUGGACCAUUGUUGUGGAAGAAGGGAGCUGCAGUCCAGCAACAUCUGGAGGGCCACAGGUUCACUAUCCCUGCUUUUAUAUUGCGGUACAUGCCUGGAAGCAGGCGCUGUUGUCCUUUGCCCAGGUGAACAUUCCUUUGUAGCAGUGCUCUGUCCUCUUCCACCUGCCCUGCCCAGAUCUGUAAUUUGUGGGUGCAUUGUUGAGAUCAAGAGAGUCUAGUGGGAGCUGAGUAGAAAGACUGGCAAACAAACACAGUAUUCCAGCUGUGAAUCAGCUAGUCCCCGCUGCCAACUGCUUGCAUUUUGGACCUUACAUUGAUGCUUCUUACUGUAACAUGCAGUAUAAAAGUGUUUCUCCUCUGGCACCACGAUCCUGAAUAGGUGAUACUCCCUAAAGUUACAACAGUUAAUUCUGACGUCCUCCAGUCCAUUGGAUUUGUAAGCCUCAUAGGACACUGGCUGGAUGGUUUCUCCUCUUCCCUUCCCUGCAUUAUUUUUGUUGACAUGUGAUCCAUUGUAAUCCCAUAUUGCUUUCUCUCAUUCUUCUGCCCAGCUGCUUAUAGCCUCUUUGUUUGCCAUUUCUCCCUGCCUUGCAUUUCCCCAACACAAAUGGCUCCUAUAAGUAAAUUAUGUUCUAAUUUUUAUUAAAAUGAUUGUUCCACCAUUUAAAUGAUUGCCAUCAGAGCAUAACCCUCCUUUUCCAUAUCAAAGUGUUUUACCUAAGGCCACACGUUCCAAAUUUUCCAUUUCCUGCAAAUGCACGCUGGCUGUACAAAGCCUCUGCUUACUGACAGUGUGAAUUAGGCACCGAUAAGGUACUGCCCGCUUCUUCCCUCUCUUCACCACGUGAAUCGCAAAAGCCUCUUACUGUCAACCUUUGGCAUGUCUUGGAGGUUUUCUGUGGAGUCUGUGGUCUCCUGCUGAGCUGAUAAAAAAUGAAAGUAGCUGAAUCAAUUACAUUGCUUUCUGCCAAUGAAUAUUUAUUAAAUUCUAUCAAGGAACAGCUAGCGGUGAAAGGCAUCAUGCUGGUAGCAAUUUGAACAAGAGACUCUUAACAGAACAUGCUGCGCAUAAAAUAUUCCCAAAAUUUGAUUUCAUGACAAUACGGUUGAUCUAGAAUAAUUAUAAAGGUGGCUUGUUCUCUGUGGCGCUGUAGAAAAUUGGCUGAAGUAGCACAAGAAAUCCAAGAAUCUUAUUAGUCACUCUAUAAACCAGACAUUGAAGGCAACUGGAUUAGGUGUGUAGGUAUUCACAGAGCUUCAAGCAAUGCCAGUGAUCUUUUGCCUAUAAUGACUUACCAUUCCCAACAAAAUUAAACCAAGUAAAUAGUUCAAGUGAAUUAGAAAGUGCAUGAUUUUUACAAUUAAAAAUACAACAAAACAGUUUAAUAUAAAGGAUUUUCCAGUUUUCAUAGCAAUACUAAAAUGCACAUUUAGAUGAACAUAAUUCCAUGUGUUUCAAAGCAUUUGUAUUGUUUCAAAGUACUUUUUAAAAUCACAGCUAUGUGAUUUUGACAUGUGUUACACUUAACUCCUAGGAAGAUGCCAUAGCUUCCGCUAGCAUAACAAUUUAGUUGAAUACGGCCAAAAGAUUAUAAGGAAUCAAUAUCAUUGUCUGGAGCAUUUUCCCAUUUCACUGUAGUUCUCUAGAUGAGUCCAUAUAUUAGCCCAGAAGCUAAUAAAAUGUUGAAGCUGAAUAAUGAAAGCAUUAAUCCUGAAUUUCUCUUGGAAUAUACAGGUGUGCCUUCAAUGGCUUUUCUGGAGUGUCUGAUAGCAGUCGAUUCUUUUGCCCUAACUUUAUAUACCAGGAUGGUUGCUGGCAGAAAUCUCUUUGCAGGGUGCAUUAAAAUUUCACUGCAUUAGCCAAACAUUGAUGAAGUCUUGAUGAAGCUAUGUAGGUUUUUCUUGGAACAGGCUCAUUAAUGGUCUGUCACUUGAGUAGCAGCCUCCUUGAUUAUUAUGUGUUGAAUGUCUUGUCCUUCUCACCCUGUGAUUUGGAAUGUCAUAGGACCAAGUGCCAAAGGGAUGCGGGGGCACUGUGGUCUAAACCACUGAGCCUAGGGCUUGCCGAUCAGAAGGUCGGCGGUUCGAAUCCCUGCAACGGGGUGAGCUCCCAUUGCUCGGUCCCUGCUCCUGCCAACCUAGCAGUUCGAAAGCAUGUCAAAGUGCAAGUAGAUAAAUAGGUACUGCUCCGGCAGGAAGGUAAAUGGUGUUUCCGUGUGCUGCUCUGGUUUUGCCAGAAGCAGCUCAGUCAUGUGGGCCACAUGAACGAGAAAAACUGUCUGCGGACAAACGCCGGCUCCCUCGGCCUGUAAAGCGCCACAACCCCAGUGUCUUUCGCAACUGGACUUAACUGUCAGGGGUCCUUUACCUUUAGGACCAAGUGCCAGAGAUUCAGUGCCCUGAUGGAAGAUUAAAGUGUGUUUUGCUUCUGUUGCAACUAGAUAUUGGUACUAAGAGAGUGCAGGAAGCAGCGUCUUUGAAUUAUAGGAAGGUUCUGAUUAAACCUAGGGAAGACAUAACAGUUGUGCAUCAGUCAUGAAGUCUUCCUUGAACAUUUUAAAGGGAAGUCCAAAUAGUCACCUGCUAGGGAUGGGUAGUGCUGGCUCAUUUAAACUGCAAAGUCUACUAUUAGACUUCCCCUUGGCCCCACAGCUGCUGGUUCUGGUGGGUAUCCCAGUCCCCAUCUCUUCUCCCGCACCACCAUUCAUUUCUUUAUGAUAUUGGAUAUGCUAGAGAAUUUGAGACAAAUGCAGUAGAAGAGGGAUGAGGCAGAGGAAUUGGAAUAAAUGUUCAGCAAUGCAAUGUAGUAUAGUCCUACAUGGAACCCGGCUAGAUCAGAUAUUUGGCGAGGGACACUGCGUGUUCAGAUGUUCCCUGUCACUUAACAUUUCUUUCCAUGCAUAUGCGGGGGCGCCGGGGGCGGGGAGGCUGAAUCUUAUUUUUUUUUUAACAUGGGACGCAUUCAGUUCUGCCAUGUGCUCCACUGAAUGCUUGGCUUGGCUGUUGGAGAGCCAAUGGAAUGGAGCAGCCUUUAGGAAAUGCAGUACAUAUAAUCCAUUGUGUCCCUUCCCAUUGAAAUUCUGUAAUCAGAAUUGUAUUUUCAUCUCUGCUUCUAGAUUUCACCAACUCACACACGUCCUGCAGGGAGCGGAGAGCAGAAGCAGCAGAUUCAGACUGUUCUGUCAUCCCCUCCUAGACUGUCAGUUGGCCUAAGGUAAGAGACGUUUUGCUUUUGACAGCAAAUCACUAAAUUAAUUGAGGGCGUGACAGUAAAUUAUUUGCUUCCCCUCCAUUACAUAUGUUUCAAUGAAAUUCUUUUCAAUAUAACUAGACAGCAAAAUAAUAUUGAAAAUGUUUUUUAAAUCAUUAUUGAUACAUUUUUCUGUUUACAAAUCCCAUUAAAUUCUUUCUCAGUCCAGAAAAAUAAGUACAAAGCCCAUCUUCCACCUCUUCUUAAAGAAAAGUUUGCGUCCACUGAUUUGCUCCUUGGCUAGGAAAUGAGAGGGGAAAGGGGGGUGGGAAUCCCUGAAAUAUCAGAGAAUAUAACUUUGCUCCUUUCUUGGAGUUGAAAGGAGAUGGAUAAAGGACAUAUGAAGAGGGUUUUUUAAAAUGAAAUGGGUCUGAAGGAGUGACUUUUUGUUCUACUGAAUGAGGAUGAAGGAUUCUUGCUAACUUCACUUGUAAAGAUUUAGGUUGCCAUCCUAUAUUCACUUACCGUGGGAGUAAGCCCCACUGAACUUAUUGGACUUACUUCUGUGUAGACAUGCAUAGAAUUUCACUCCUAGCAGAAUAGUUGCCUCAUAUUUGACCCUUCAAAGAAAAUUUAUGGAGUAGUAGAACAGCUGGUUAUUCAUGUUAAAAUAGCUAUAGAAAGAAAACCAAGUGUUCCAUUCUGUUGAAAAUUUUCAUUGGUUUACAAAAAAACCCUCCUUCCAUUCACCACAACCACCACAAAACUAGUCUCAAUUGGAUAGACUUCUCCUGAUUCUACGCUCCUUGCAGCACUUUUCCAUUUUGGUUGUCUUUUACAUCCUUUUUCAACUCCAGUCUGAGAUAACUGGGCUCAAAGUAAUCUUUGGAUUUCCAGUAACACUUAUAGCAAAUUCUCCAUGUCAGUGUUUUAGAUGAAAUAACCAUAAACCAACUUUCCUUCCCAUUAUUCUGGCAGAAAACCGAGAGGAGAGGGGAAGAAAUGUCGCAAAGUGUAUGGGAUGGAGAACAGAGAUAUGUGGUGCACAGCUUGUCGUUGGAAGAAGGCCUGCCAGAGGUUCAUUGACUAAAGCGUGGGGGAAAACGAUGGAGGGGUAUGGAGUGAUUUAUGGCAGGAUUUUCUCACUACAGCCAGGCUGUGUGAUUUUCUUCUUCUUUUUCUGUCCACUUCCUUCAGUGCAGGCUUCUACUUUGCACUCUAAGGUGAAGUAGUUAUACCCCAAGAGAAGGACUUCUUCGAAGCCAACAUGCAGCAAUAUAGUGGGAAACAAACAAAAACAAAACCUUCAAAAAGUUUUGAAGCAGGAGCAGCUAUAUGUCUUUUUUUUUUUUCUUUAAAAGAAAAGAAAAGAAAAGAAAAGAACUCUCUUUAAUAACCUUGAACAAUUUGCCUGCUGGGACCAUGUGUUUUUUCACACUGCAUUAUUGUCUGUGUUGUGAACUUUGGGAUGGGGGGGUGGGGAAUCAAGUGAUACUUAAAAUGUUUAUGCACCACACAAAUGCAUAACAUAAGCUACAGUUUUCUCAAGAGCAGCUCUCCCGGGAGUGGUGAACAAUUAUAAUGUGAGCAAGUCUUGAUUCAGAGGUGGGAAGUGUCCUUUAGAGGUACUAGGAUGCAGCUUUGCUGGAAAGACAAGCAUCCUUGUGAAGAAUCUUUUGUGAGAGGUCUCAAACCUGAAGCCCAAGCACGAGUCUUGUUUCUGUGCUAAAGGAGGAUACCUGGAGAGGGCAGGGGAAUCACCAGCACACCCAAACUAAAGAGUACAACCACAAGUGGGAAGGGAGUCAGUAACAUUAAAUGACCUUUGGUUGAAAUAAGAAUAAGAACUUGGGUUCCAAUAUGAUCUUCCUAGAAGUGAUUGCAGGAAAAUUAUUUGUGCUAAAGGUCCUGUUAAGAAGGAGCAUGGGCAGCCAUGUGGACUUUUGUCAGCAUUUAUUCAGGGAUGUGACGAUCCAAACCAGCAGCUUCCUUCCCUGCCUUUUUAUAUGACAUUCUGAAAUGAACAGAUCAUUUAAAAUACAAGGCAUUAUUUCUGGGGGUAAAGGCUACAUGGAGGAAAACAGCUCAACAACAACAACAACUUAAAUGCUUUUCAAUAAGUAAAAUAUGAGUGUAGCAUAGCAGUUAUAUGUGUAUAUAAAAAAAUCUGUAGAGGGUAAAGUUGUUUCAAGGUCAGAAAUAAAAGGUCUUCAAGCUGCCUUGCACUUUGAUAGGUCUUGGUGCUUUAGUAUAAUUUAGUAUUGGGGUGGGGUCCAUUAGAAGGCACAGAUUAUAUUAGUGGGAUGGUGGCUGAGCGAUCUUUUAAAAAUCAGUGGAAAAAAUGCAUACAGGUAGAUAGAAAUUAUUUGUCUGAGCAGGCCCUACUAAAACAAAUGAGAUUGGUGCAAUAGCACAAUGGGGUGCUUGUUCUUAAAACAUCCUGGUGGAUUUUGUCCUGUGAUAUUAACUCAGGUGGAAAAAGAAUGGUAUCCCAAGUUGGGAAAACAAGAGCAAGAAAGGGAGCCUAUGUGGAUGUUAGUCCAACUAUUGCAUGACUACAAGUCAUAGGCAAAUUUUAUUUUUUGUAAGACCACAGAUACUGGUGUCUACCGAUGGCUAUGGGGGGCAGCACAACAUUUAAUUGGAGCACAGAAUCUAUAGCUAGGGUUGGUCCUCAUGCAAACUUUAAAAAAAUAGCUUUAAUAAUAGGCCUCUUCCUUUGUAGGGUUCUGUACAGGUAAGCCUAAGAUUCCAAAACAAGCGUAUUUGGAAAACGACUGGGUUGCAUCAAUAGGGUUCUCCCGUGUAAGCAGUCCCAAAAGAAAUUCAAGCAGUUUUCUCUAACACCUCCAAAGAACACAAUCCUACAGAUCUUGAGCUGAUGCAGUCAGUCUUAACAGCGGCGGGAUAAGGAUCAUGCCCUCCUGGAGAUGUGGCAGUGAAAUAACAGAAGGCAUGAGUUCGAAACAAAAUGGCAAACAAAUAGUGUUGUUACUACAUGGCAACUGUUUAGAUCUAGCCUGACCAUUAAAGUUAAAGAAAAAGUAAUAUUUGAGAGGCAGGGGAGUGAAACCUUGUUUUUAGUUGCAUCUUCAAAUGUCAGCGGUGUUUGGCAAGACUACCAGCAAUGCAUAGUGUUUACAUGAUCGGGAAGCUAACUGCUAAUUCCAGAGUUGUAUACCUAAUGUAACAGUCCCACCCUGUGUUCAUGCUUUAAUGUGUAAUGUGUUAGGUUGUAGUCAUUCUUUUGUGUUGCCGUAUAUCUCUUGAGUGUUCACAAUGAUCUGUUUGAGGUUCACUCAGUAGGGAUCACCCAUAACUUCUGUUUGGACCUGUUGCUUGGAGAUGAGUACAAACAUUAACCUACUUCCUUAAUGUUCAGGGGGAGAAAAGGUAAGGCACAGUUUCAUUCCUAAUGUUGCAUAGGCAAUGUUUGUAGAAAGCAUGCUUGCGAAAAGACCCAGGUCCAAUUCCUGGUAUUUCCAUUAAAAAACCUUAAACAGGACUAUGAAAGACCUCUGCAUGAGGCCUUAGAGAGCCACUACCAUUUGGAAUAGAUGUUAUUGGCAUCAAUAGACCAAGAGUUUGACUUUGCAAUCACACGUUUUAAGAAGAAUGAAGUACUGCAGAAAUAUUUUGCACUCUGAGCAAAUUCUUUACCAUUUAAAUGUUCCAGUUGAAGUUUACAUGGUCCUGUUCUAGUUCUGUGGCAUUUUCACAGGACAAUAUUGACAUACAAGUUGCAGGAUGAUAACUCACAUUCAAAUAAACCAUUAAUAUGACUCAAGAUCACAAAACCAGAAAGUGUAAGGGCAGAGGUUGGUAAAUAUUUAGGCUGUUGGCGGGCGGGGCGGGGGCAGGUAUUGGAAAUGCAUAAUAAACUAGAAACCCACAGCUGGUAUUUUGUUGCAUGUAUUUAUGGAUAUGAUUGGAAAUUCUGUUUCAGGAUGGUUGCAUAUGAUAGGGACUGUACCAAAUUAUUAUUGGUGCUCUCAAAAGUUCAGAGCUGAAGUCAGCCCUUGACAUAUCUAAAUAUUCACAAGAGUUGAAAACCAAUGUUUGAACCUUGAACGUUUUAGCAUUUUUGUCAGGCAUUUUCAACUUAACUCUGCAUUCAUGAGGGCUAGAAACACUGAAACAUGAUCUUCCCAGGAUAGUGCCUGCUGAAUAUUGCCCACGACACUCUGUCUUAAUGCAAUAGUGUUCAUAAAAAUUAAUCAGCAUCGACAACUUAUUUCUCCCAUCUCCAUUUCUCUGCUCUGUGAAGCUUUCUUAUACUGUGUAUGGUUCAAGUCUUGAACGGUGAGAGUGUUCCAUGCGGCAACACUGAGAUAGGCUUUGUCUGAACUACUGUUUGCCAUAGCUAGGUUUAAGGCCAAGCUGCCCUACAAUAGGAUUUGGUUGCUUACUCAAUGACUGAACCACCUUAUAAGUGAUUCUACUAGACCUCUGAUAGGAAGAGAAGAGCAUAAUUUUACAAUAGAACUGCUUGAGCUUGCCUUGUUGUACAUAGUAACUGCUUGUUCUAAAAUUGCUUACAAAAUACCUUUUUUUAUUGUUGUAGAAUUUCAAUAGGGUUUUGAAACCCAGGAAAACCACAGAAAGUAGGUCAUUAGCUAGAAUUGUAAUUACGCCAGCUUGUCAGGUGAGAAAAAGGCUACACUGAACCAUAGGUGGCUGCAGUGAACUAUUUAAAGGCUGUUUUUUUAAAAAAAUACUUGCUGAAGUCCAUUCAUUUCAGUGGGUCUACUCUGAGUGAAAUUUAUUUGGAUACGGCCCAGUUUUGAAUGUCUGACCAUGUCAGAGUUAGCCAUCAGAGGCCUAGAGUCUCUUGGAUGAACCUAUUGAUAGUGUCUUGUGGUUAGUGUUAUAUAUGAAAAUUACACCACCAC